AUGGCUGUGUCUCCAGUGACGCUGUUGCUCCUGCUACCGCCGCUGCUGCUUGUUCUGUUCAGCGACACCGCUAGAGGACAGCGAGACCCAGAGCUGUUCUGUGGAGGUUAGUAACCCAGCUGGGUAUUUCCUCAUGUGCCUCAUUGACUUAGCACAUCGCAAGUGCCAUGGUUUCCUGGAAUUAGGUCAGUUACUGCUAAUCCCCCAAAGCUCUCACCUUUGCGUAUUAGCUCAUGGCCAGCUCUCAGCAAUAGGACAGCUAUUUAUGUGUGGUUGCUUCCCAUUUUGCACCAGCAGCAUAAUGGGAGACUGUGGGCUGGAUCCAACUUACUUGCAGCAGGCUCAUUUAAAUCAAUGACUACGUAUUGGAUUUGAAAUUGUUUUUAUAUAUUUCAUUGUUUUGACUGUUUUUAUGCGUGCAAUUGUUUUCUGUUUGGUUUUAUUGUAUUGUGACAGUGCUCUGAGCUGCUUUAUGGGAAGCGAUCCAUAAAUCAAAUAAGCAAUAAUACAAAUAAUGCUUCUGUUGAUUUUGAAUAGUCUACACUGAGUAUGUCUUCGUUGAUGGCUCUGCCUGCAAUGCUUCUGAAAACCAGCUGCUGGAAACCACAGCAGGAGAGCACUCAUGUGCUCAAAUCCUACUUGCAGGAAUCUGAUUGGCCCCCGUGAGAAAAGGAGGCUGGACGAGAUGGGCCACUGGCCCAAUCCAGCAAGCUCUCUUACAUUCUCAGUUGGAUGCAACCCCAUGGGCAGUGUUAUUCAAUUAAGUUUUACUCAUAUUAGACCCACUGAGAUUAAUGGACAUAAUGUUCAUUCAUUUCAAUGAGUCUACACUGAGUAAGGCUGAGCCUACACUGAGAAGGCUGAUCGCCAAAGAAUUGAUGCUUUUGAAUUAUGGUGUUGGAGGAGACUCUUGAGAGUCCCAUGGACUGCAAGAAGAUCAAACCUCUCCAUUCUGAAGGAAAUCAGCCCUGAGUGCUCACUGCAAGGACAGAUCAUGAAGCUGUGGCUCCAAUACUUUGGCCACCUCAUGAGAAGAGAAGACUCCCUGGAAAAGACCCUGAUGUUGGGAAAGAUGGAGGGCACAAGGAGAAGGGGAAGACAGAGGACGAGAUGGCUGGACAGUGUUCUCAAAGCUACAAACAUGAGUCUGACCAAAGUGAGGGAGGCAGUGGAAGACAGGAGUGCCUGGCGUGCUCUGGUCCAUGGGGUCACAAAGAGUCGGAUACAACUAAACGACUAAACAACAACACACUGAGUAAAACUUAGCUAAAGCUGAGUAAAAUGCUGAACACCACUCCAUGUUUAGGGUCCCACCCUUUGGUUUUCAUGCGGCUGCUUCUCCCAGUGCUCCAGCAACAUAAUGAGAAAGACCCUGUUUAGGGGUGCAGAAUUUGGUUGUUUAUUUUGCUGCCGUCUCACCUACUCUUCCCACAUAAUCCCCUGCUGCGUGCAUUUCCAGGGCAGUGGCGUGAGAUGCACCGCGGAGAAGCACCACCAAUGCUGCAGAGAUGCCUUAAGAGUGGCCCUUGCAGUUGAUUCACACGUGGAGGCGCAUCACACACCAUUAUUAUUAUUAUUAUUAUUUAUUGAAUUUAUAUACCGCCCUAUACCGGGAGGUCUCAGGGCGGUUCACAGAAUAAAAUCAAAAUAUAAAACCACAAAAUACAUAAUCAGAAUAAAAACAACCCAAUAACCCCCCACCUGAAUUGAGGUAUGAUUGUAAAUCCAAAGAUAUUUUUCAAAGGGCCAAUCAAACACCGUCUUCUAGUCUAAUAUGCUGUAGGCAAGAGGUUGCAUGCUUGAGAGCUCCCUCGUUUUAAAACCCCCACACAUAGAAAACAUGGCUAAGAUGGACUCCCUUCCCUGGCCUGCUGGUUUUCCAUGGGCAGGGAGAUUUUGAUGCAGGGAAGCAUUCAAGAAUAAAGUCAGUCACCCACCUUCAACCUGCAAUGUCUCCGUUGCUGGGACACUGUACCAUAGGAGUUCUCUGAAUAUGCAGAUCUGUUCCUAGGAUUUAUUUUGCAUGACCAGCCUGGGUCUUAGUAGUUAUAAGGAAAGCAUUGCUGAUAAAUAAAGCAUGCAAGUUUAAUACUACUACCAAAAGUAAAUGAUACGUUCAUAUUGACCCUUUUAUUUGUGCAAAUAAGGCUGCAAUCCUAUAUUUAUUUCUCUGGGAGCCAGGGCCAUUGAACACAGUUAACGUUCCCCAUGUUUCUUUAUUUGAUACUUCAGUUAUAAACAGCUCUUAAUAUCAAACCAGCUUGAAGAUAUUGAAAUCCUUCUAGAACUUGUCCUUGCUGGCUGGCACAGCGCAUUCUGCAUAACCUAAUACCUCUAUGCAGGGAGUCGGUCCAUUCAGGAGCACCCAUGUUGCCCUCUCGUCCUCCUCUGCAAUUCCUCCUGGCUCCAAAACAACAAGGCUUUGUCAUCUAUUGACAGUUGCACGCAGGAGGGGAAAACUCUCCAUCUGUGGUCGCCGAGCAGAGAGACAAGUGGCUGUGUCUUUUAACAGAUGGCACAAUGAGCUAUAAGAAACGUGCGUUCCCCCCUGAGACGGAUAACCUGACACGAAGUAGUUUCAGCAACAUAUUGAAUUAAAUCCUCCCUUAUGAGUGUCGGUGGCUGCAAAAGCCGCCGCUCGUCAGUCCCCGGAUCCCUUGACAAAAGUCUGGUUUGGGUGAUGCAAGCGCGGCAGUUUUGAGAGACAGACCACCUUGUGUUUCCUGAAAAGUAGCAGAAGGAAACAAGGUGGCAAUUGACGUGGCUUACAGAUGCACAUGGAUUUAAAGGGACCAAGAGCUGUAGCAGCCAUCGUUCUCCCACCCAGAAUGAGAUCUACACAAGAAACAGAGGUGUUUCCCUGCUGUGGUUGAAAGCAGGUUGCAGCAGUACUCUUGUUCUCCAGUUAAUUUCCGGACUCUACUCUGGAGUGUAUUUCAGUGUACAGUGUUUCCUAUGCCACCACCCCACGGAAAUUUCACCAUCUCCUUUUGACACACACUGGUCUGCUGCAGAUGGAACUGGUGGGAAGGGAAAUGCUGUAAAAUUCCCAAGACGAUGCUUUUGAAAAGAUUAUUGUGUCCAGUUGGUUCUUUUUCAUUGCUAUUUAAUUCUCCAUUAGGCGGCAUUCCAAUGUUGGGUGUGGCCAAAGCAAUCAAUAACAAUCCAUUCAGUGAAAUAACUUAAAGUAAAGAAAAAACAGUGCCACCCAGAGAAAUAUUCAUGAGCAAAGGCACUUCAUGGAUGGGGAAGGGAGGAAACAGGAUCCCACUUGCUGGCUCCACCCUCAAGUCUAUGUUACAUCCUAAGCUGCCAACAGAGUCUAGGCACGUAAGAUCUCCUCCCAUUUCUCUUUCCCCUCUGACAGAUCCUGGCAGGAUCCUGUGGUGCUGAUCCAAGUGGGGCUCUGUGUCCGUGGUAAUCAGCUGAGAGGGAGCCCUGCUUGUCAAGGAACCAUCUUGUUUGUUUACCUGUCCACACCUGAAGUCAUAUAUGAUGUCAGGGGAAAGUCAGGUGGACCUGGUUUGGGGGAAACGGGCAUAUGGGCCAAAUUAGGACCCCUACUAAGCCUAGUUAGGCCCCCAUGGGACAGAGGGUCCCCACUGCUAUUUUACCCCAUAGCCACAUCCCCUCAUUGCAGGCUUGGAUGCCUUCUCCAUAGCAUAAUGGUUAAUUUGCACGAGACCCAAGUUGUUUUAACUCAUUGGCCUUUUGGAUGACUUGGGAUUGGCUAUGGUUGCUAAGACCUUUACAGAAUCCAGACUAGCCAGAUUUCCGCCUUGUGCUCAACAAGAGGGCUGUGGUUCUGUGUAAUCUUAUUGUUAACAGCCCUGCUUUGCAUGUCAGAUGUCAGCCUGCAAGGCUGCCUAAUGAAGGUGGGCAUCGUACUGAUUUACUGACAAAUGCCACGGCAUAGAAUUGAUCCAGCUUUUUCCUUAGACUAAAAAUGUUCCACCGAAAGGAGCAUUCAGUGCUGAGCAGCAACAAAAGUGCUUAAGACCAGCCAAGGAAGUGGGCUGAAGAUUUAGGUCAUGAUAUACAAUUUGAAGAUUGGGAAAGGAUGUGGAAAGCAAAUUUAAAAUUUACAGACUGUAUUUUAUUGAAAGAGAAUUAUAUGAAAAUGAUGUAUAGAUGGUACAUUACACCAGUGGAAGUGGCUAAAAUGUAUAAGACAGGAUCAAAAACUUGUUGGAGAUGUAAAGAAAAAGAUGGUACAUUUUAUCAUAUGUGGUGGGAAUUUAAAAAGGUCAGAAAUUAUUGGGAAAUGAUAUAUAAUGAAUUGAAAAAAAAAGUUUGAAAAGACUUACGUUAAGGAACCAGAAGCAUUCCUCCUAAGGAUUUUAGAUCAAGAAAUAAGAAAAGACAACUGGAAAUUAUUUAUGUAUGCAACAACAGUGGCAAGAAUUAUACCAGCACAAGCUUGGAAGACAGAAGGAACCCCAAUGAAAGAACAAUGGCAAGAGAAACUCAUGGAAUAUGCAGAAUUAGCAAAAAUAACAGAUAGAUUACAUGAAAGGGACAACAAAGACUUUAAAAGAGAAUGGGAACCAUUUAAAAUAUAUAUGAAGAGACAACAUGAAGAGCUGGACCCAUUGGCAGGGUUUGAGUAAACAUUCACAAAUGUAAAUAAUAAUAUAAUAAUAAUAGAUGUAAAUGUAUUAGGAAUUAAUUGGGGAAAUAAUAUGCAAGAUGAAUAAAUUGAAAGUAAAACAAAGUGGAAGUAUGAGGGAAGUCCAGGGUAGGGGGGCAGGAAAAAAUGGAAAAUUGUUAGAGAGAUAUUUCAUAAAGGAUGUAUAUAUUGAAAAACCAGUAAAAACUAUUUAAAAAAAAAAAAAAGACCAGCCAAGGAACACACAGGUUGGAGCAGUGUGCCGUGAACCAGAGGAGCCGAUUCCUUUGCCAAGGCACCUGCGUUUAUCUGGAGUGGAAGGUCCGCAGGUUGCAGCCAGUUCUGUGUAUUCACUUUCAGUUCAUGCAAGGGGAUGGUAGCCAGUUGCGGAAUCUGCAAGGGCUCCCUAGAAGGUGCCCAACGCUGUCUGCAGACUGCAACAUUGCAGGGAAAUAUCCGUAAUGACAGUCAAGCUUCCCCUUGGGGAUGCUGCACAUUGGAAGGCAGUUGUUAGGCUUUCCACACAGGAGUGGCUGAAUCCAGUCCAGGAAAGAACGAGAAAGGUAAAAUUAAUAGCCUCUCUCAAAUAUUAAGGUGGGCAACCAGCAUCUGUGAUAAAGGGAUAGAAUUUGGUUGCAGGUGAUGAGAAACACUGCUUUGGGAUGCAGUCAUACACCCACCAACUGAACUGUGUCUAGGAUUGCACUGUGAAUCGGGUAUAAUCUAUCUGUAAAAUAUGUUAUUUCGGGGCUGAGGAUCUGCAGUGUAUGUGUGAACGUCUGUACUGUGUUGCCACUGGUGCCGAGUUUCAUAUUUUGGACCAUCAGUUUGCCAUUUUGGAAUCACAGAGUUCUGCAGAGCCUGAAAAGUACUGAAGAAUGUGACCUUCCUUUAAAAAAACAAACAAACCCACUGUUAUGUACUGAAGUUCUCACCCUGGGCCAGCAGGGGGAUACUGUAAAUAGUUUUCACUCAGGUCUGCAUAUGCAAAUAAGGAAUUGAAAGUGACGUUCAGUGAUUGGAUAGUUACAGAAAGUUGUUACUGUUGCUUUGUAGUUGAGCUCUAUAUAAGCAGGUUGGCUGAACCCUUCAGUUCAGUUCUGUUCUGGCCUGUGAAUAAACAAGAACUGUCUGAAGAAUCACUGUGUUGUCUGAUAUGUUCACCCACAACUUAACACCCACCUCAGCUACCUAAUGACGAUUCUAAGAGUAAAAGGUGGGGAAAGGUGGAUACUAAAAGGAGCUUGUGGGGUAGUGGCUAAAGUAUCAGGCCUGGCCUAGGGAGAUUUAAGGUUCAAAACCUCAUCAAGGCUUCCUGGCCUUGUUCACACUUCACAGAAGGGAGCCUCCAGUUUGCGGCCAGAUUUCGUCUGCCAUUCCCACCCCACACCCCUGCCACAGCCACCCCCACCCACCCAUAGGAGCCAAUUCCUAGGAGCUGAGAUCCCUUCGCGCCCCCCCCAAUAAAAUAUUUGAGGGGCCGUCACCCCCCAAAAUAAAUGGGCAUUGCCGUUCAAAUGGUUUGUGAUAGAUUAUGUGGGGUAGGGCUUACCAGACCCCCCCCCCAAUAUUUUAUUCAAGUUGGCACCCCUGCCCCCACCUGAUGUCAAGUGUGGGGCAGGUAAAGCUGUGGCUGCAGGGGAACCAUGGUGUUCCUGAUUGUUCUUCCACAAGUGGGUUUUGUGCCUGCUGCCCUUUAAAUGUUGUGAACUGCCCUGUGAUCUUCGGACGAAAGGCGGUAUACAAAUUUAAUAAAUAAAAUAAUGAAUCUGGUGGCAAAUGUGAGCCCUGCUGGGAAUUUUGUGUUUUUAAUGUUUUGCUGGGAACUGCCAGAAUGGCUGGGGCAACCCAGUCAAGAUGGGCGGCAUAUAAAUAAUAAAAUUUUUAUUAUUAAAAAUUGUAACGGUUCUGCUUGGAAGUUCCUAAUCAGAGCUGAGUGGGCCCAAUCCCUGCUGAUCGCAAGCCUGACUGAAGCAGAGCUGAUCCCUGUCAAAAGUGGGGCAGGAAUCUUUGGCACUGUAGCUGGAAUGCAAGCCAGGCUCAGCGGCCGAUUUAGGGGAGCUGAGCUGAGAGGGCACCUCAACAAUAAUGCAGAAAAGAAGGCGAGAGGAGGGAAGUUGCUGGAUUUUGGUGUCACACAGCGGGCCACUGAUAUUUGAAAGCCCCAAGUCUGCCACUGGAGGGCUGCAAAGGAAGACUCAAGUGGGGACUUGAACCAUGUGACUUGUAGCAUGUGACCCUGCCCACCAGCCAAAAAAGCCUCACCUGUCUGUGCCUCAGCCCUGCAGUAAAUCACAGGUAAUGGUUUGUUGUGAUUGCGUCUUUCCAGUCUGGAGGGAAGAAAACACCGAAUCCUGAUUUAGCAUUAUGCCCGAAAAAUGGGAUUGUGGGGUUUUCACUGGCAACAAAACGCAACGUGCAGCUAAGGUUUGUUCUCAGCUUCCUGGUUGUGGGUUUCUGGAGCAAAAGUCUUGGAGCUCUCUUCCCCGCAGCCCCCGCUCCGUGUCCCUCUGUGCUGCAUCACCAGGUACCUCCAGAAUUUGCAUUUGCAAUAUGAUGCCUUUGUGUGGAUAUUUGCUUUGGCAAAUUCAAGGCAACUGCUUUAUUUAUCAAAGGAAUUGCCGGCCAGUGAAGAAAUGUGUGACAGCAGGUUACACGGCUGCAUAUUUGGUCCUGGGAGUGAGUCAGGCAUCGAGGCAAUUAUCUUCCAUUCAGGAUGACAACUGAGAGACGUGCUCAUUCUGUCUUGAGGAAUAACCCUGUUAUUUUAGUAUUUAUUUCCAGGCUUCUGAACCAGUGCUAACUUGUCAGGAUGCAAAAGCCCCCUUUGCUUCUGCUUUGGUUUCCUAUCUGGGCUGGAUUAUUCAAUUACUGGCUGUUUGGCCUCCUCUCAACCUUUCUAAAUCAUUUCCAGCUCCCACACAAGGCCUUGGCAGGAGUUGAAAGAUGGUUUCAACUGAAAAUUUCACAGCUUCAUCAGCCCUUCCCGGCCGCCUGAUCUCUGGACUUAAUUAAUUUUAGAGGAGGACUGGAACAAGCGUUCAGACGGAAUGGGCCUCAUCUGUCUUCUGGGGGCAGUGGGGCAGUGGGGCAAAAGAAACAUGUAGAGCGCUCUCUGCUGUUGGUGCAAGGGAGUACCAGAAACACAGUCCCAGUUCUGCAUCAAGCACCACCGAUGGUUCCCAGUCUGUGCCAGGAUCCUGCCCAUCUCAGACCCUGGGCAGUUUUCUUUGGAGGCAGUGAUAGGGGACCCCACAGAGACAUUUGACACAACUGGAGGACCCAGAACAGCCAUCUCCAGAUUGGUACCCUCCAAGAACUACAGUUCCCAUCCCGUGCUGGCUGAGGCUGAUGGGAGCUGUAGUCCAAAAUGUCCAGAGGGCACUAGGUUAACUAGGAGUGCUAACUUGACUAAAAUAUUUGAGGCCCAAGUAAGCCCCACCCUGCAUAAUUGAUCAUGAUGUGGUGCUCAUAUACCAUUUGAAUAGCAAUGUCCAUCAACAUUGGGGGGCCCCUCCAUCCCCCUCAAGUAUUUUAUUAUGGGAGUGAAGACCCCUAGGCGUUUGCUCCUAUAUGGUUGACAAAGGCUGAUCUCCAAGAACCAACCAACAUCUCAAGGUAGCCCGGAGUGCCUCUGCGCAUGGAUGGUAUGUCUGAACACCGCAGUGACUCAUCUGAGCACAGCCUUGAUUCCCAACUCUUCCCCUUCACCACCCAGGCCUCAAAGGCGACAGUGGCAGCAGACCCAAUGGGAAGCACAGAGUUCUGCAGGAGUGGCCUUCUGACCCUAUUGCCAGGAGUCUCCUUGGGUGGAAAGGUCCACUGUGGAGGAGGAGAACUUGAAGUCACAGAAUCACAGAAUUGCAGAGUCGGAAGGGAGCACAAGGACCAUCGAGUCUAAACUUCCUGCAAUACAGACAUCUUUUUGCCCAAUGCAGGGCUUGAACCCCAAACCCUGAGAUUAAGAGCCUUGACCCCAUCUUCUUUCCUGCUGAGUUCCAGAAGGGCAACACCAAGAAAUAAGACAGAGGAUGCUGACAGCCAGGACCACCCUCUGGACCAGGUAUCACUAGGAAGGUGGGAUGUUGGCUGCCUGGGGACAGACUGAUGUCAGCUGGGCACAGUCCCAUUCACUCAAUAACAGCCCAUCCUCCACGGCUACUGAGCAACGCAGUGCCCAGCUCUUUUAUUCUGGUCACCCGCGGUCAGCUUGCCCUGCGUUCCUUCCAGCGGCAGAGGAAAGAGAAGCAAUCUUUAAGGUGGUGUUUAGAGGGCCGCUGGAGCAACUGAACAUCAUUAAAGAAAGUAGCACAUAGUUAAACUGUGGAACUCACUGCCACUGGAGGCACUGAGGGUGACCAACUUGGAUGGCUUUAAAAGAGGACUGAACAACUCUAUGGAGGAUAAGGCUGUCAGUUGUCGCUGCCAAUGAUGGCUCGGCUCUGCCUCAGCGGUCAGAGGAAGUAAUGCCUCUGAAUUGACCAGUGCUUGCAGGUUUCCCACAAGGAUGUGGAGGGAACAGGAUGCUGGUUCAGGCGGCCCAUUGGCCUGAUCCAGUAAACUCUUCUUAUGCUCUUCUUCAUGUUGGUGCAAGGCUGUAAUAUCUGAACGAAGCCAUCUCCUUCCCUGCAGACCCUCUUGGAUAUUAAGGUUGGCAGGAGAAGAUCUCUUGGUAGUUCCACCACCCGCAGCAGCAGUCCAUAUCCUAAUUAACAUCAAGUAUAAAUAAAUCCUGACUGAACAGAAACUUGAUCUUAAUUUGUCAGAAAUGUUUUAGCCAUAUGGUUAUCCUGCGGCUCCUAGCUGCAAGAAUGUGUGCGCAUUUUAAGACAAAAAUACACAGAGUUCCCCGAGUUCAUUAGAACAGCUAAUACAUCUUGAAAGCAUGAACCUAGCAAGCUGUUUCAUCGCUGGAGAGCUGCAAAGGAGGAGGAGGAGGAGCCGCUUUUCUUGGCAGCAGCUAAGAAGUUUUCGUGAGAUUUGUGUGGAGCUCUUGAUAGACAGCUUUUAGGAUAGAGUUACCUUGUCUGGCAACAGCUAUGUAUGUGAGGAGUUAGCCCUUUUUAAAAGAAGAUACCGAGCUUGUAUCAAGGUGGAGAACCUGCAGCUGCCCAGAUGUUGUUGGACUACAACUCCCAUCAUCCACCAUCCCUGAGUCUUGGCCAUGCUGGCUGGGGCUGAUGGGAGUUGGAGUCCAACAGCAUUUGGAGGACUGCAGGUUCCAUAUCCUAGACUUCCAAGCUUGUGGGAUAAAAUAGGUAUAACUUCCAGGGUACAAAAAAAAAAAGCCAGGCAUUUGUAAACCACUUUUGUUUUUAACUCCUAUAGCAUUUCUGUAUAAAUGAGAGCCAGACAGCCAAUAGCAGCUCUGACUUGUAGCAAAUUGUGAAUAGCUGACUAAACAGGGGCCCCUCCUUGCAGGAACAGCCAAUGCCUUAUCAGCCAAGGGCUCCCCCAGGCACUAAACAGAUGAGCUUAGUUGGAACAGACUUUGUUAUCUUUUGACACUUUAUUGGGAAAUCAGUUUCUUCUGUGAAGGGGGAAAGGGGUGUUUGUAUUGGAACAGAUGGUAUUCCCCUUUGAAAGGUGCCAAAUCUCUAACUAGACAGGAAACAAAAUCCUCCUCUCCCCUCCAGGAAAGGACUGCCCCUCUCCCCAUAGAACCUCUCCCUUCACCACAAGGUAGAACGGCUCAGUUGAAUAUAUUUGCUUUAGGUGCUAUAUAUUUGCAAAGAUGUUUCACUAGGCUUUUAGGACAACCUUCCCCAACCUGAUGCCCACCAGAUGUUUUAGACUGCAGUGUCCAUCAGCCCCAACUAAUGUAGUCAAUGGUCAGAGACAAUGGGAGCUGGUACCCAACAACAUAGUAAUGUAUGGAAGUGAGAGCUGGACCAUAAAGAAGGCUCAUCGCCGAAGAAUUGAUGCUUUUGAAUUAUGGUGCUGGAGGAGACUCUUGAGAGUCCCAUGGACUGCCAGAAGAUCAAACCUAUCCAUUCUUAAGGAAAUCAGCCCUGAGUGCUCACUGGAAGCACAGAUCCUGAAGAUGAGGUUCCAAUACUUUAGCCACCUCAUGAGAAGAGAAGACUCCCUGGAAAAGACCUGAUGUUGGGAAAGAUGGAGGGCACAAGGAGAAGGGGACGACAGAGGACAAGAUGGUUGGACAGUGUUCUCGAAGCUACCAGCAUGAGUUUGACCAAGCUGCAGGAGGCAGUGGAAGACAGGAGUGCCUGGCGUGCUCUGGUCCAUGGGGUCACGAAGAGUCGGACAUGACUAAACGACUAAACAACAACAUCCAUCAGCCCCAACUAAUGUGGCCAAUGGUCAGAGACAAUGGGAGCUGUCGCCCGACAACAUUGGUCAAAGUUAGGGAGAGCUGCUUGAGGAAAGCCUAGCUGCAUCUUAAACCUGCAUCCCAAGGGUCUUGGGUCCAGUUUUGCUGAGCAGCUCAACAUCAGAGCAUCUGCUUUGUAUCCAGAAGGUCCUGAGUUCAACCCUGACAUCUCCAGGUUAGGGCUAGGGAUGUCUGCCCGCCUCCUUCUGGCAACUCCUGCGGCCAAGCUGGUGCCAGACAUAUUGCUCUGCUCUCCUUCGGACCACAUCAGUGAGGUUGAGAGGGGGGUCUUGUCGUCUGGGCAGACCAGGACUUCCAGACACAUUGCCCAGGCUUGUGCCCCAGGGAGCUCACCUCAGUGCUGCUAACACAGAGGUUUGACUUCACUCCAUUGUCUCUUGAGACAGAUCGAUACACCAACAAUCUGCAGCGAUCAGCAGCUGAAGUGUUCCAUGCUGCAGAGAUAUAAGCAUGGUCAGCCCAUGUCUGCAGACUAAGCAGCAGUCAAGGACCACAGAAGCAGUGCUGGUGGAAAAAGAAAAGGCUGGUGGCAAUCUAGUUUUUGUAUGGCUCAUGGAGUGUCAUGUAUGAAGCUGUGUGCUGUGUAACUUGUACUGAGGCAGACCAUUGGUCCAUCGAGGGUCCUGUUGUCUAUAUCGGGGGGGACAGGGGGCCUGUGUCCUUUCAUACUGCAUCACAGUGUGGUACGCUGGUUUGACAUCAACUGAUAGGAAGUGCCUACAGAGGGUGGUGAAUACAGCACAAGAUAUUAUGGGCUGUCCCGUGAAUCCGCUGGAUGACAUCGCAGACCAACGUUGCCUCAGGAGAGUGAGGAAAAUUCUCAGGGGUGAUUCACACCCUGGCCGGCACUUUCUUGAUCUCCUGCCCUCAGUCAGAAGAUAUAGAAGCAGGAUCAGUCGCACCAACAGGGUAAAGAACAGCUUCUAUCUGUGGGCUGUUAGGCUGCUGAAUGAAAAGAUCACAACAGGGCAACUGACUUUUGGGUUUGGUGGGUGUGCGUCAGUAAAUGAGGGGAAUUAAGACUAAGAGAGCUGGAGGGGUGCUUGUGUAAUCUCACUGUAUACAAGUUGUACAAGUGACAAUAAAGUAUUUCAAUUCAAUUUCAGUCUACAAUUCCCAUCCUCCCAGAGCAUUGGCCCUGCUGCCCAGCAGUGAUGGGACCUGGAGUCCAGCAGCAUUUGAAGGGCCAUAGGUACUCCAUCCCUGGUCUACAUUGACUGGCUGUGACUCUCCAGGAUCUUUCCCAGCCUGGAGAUGCCAGGGACUGAACCCGGAAACAUUUGCAUGCAAAGCAGAUGCUCUACCACUAACCUGUUCCACUUGCGUCACUGGACUCACUUUAGCCUACUGUUGUGGGGAAAAAAGCUUAUGUCCAGUUGGUCAUCAUGUAGUUCCCUCCUCUGGCCAGAGGUGGUGGUGGUGUGCAGGCUGGCUUUCCCAAGGGUCAGGUCCCACUGCAAGCUUGAUCUUUGACACACACCGGGGCUCCAAGUUCCAAGCCACCACUAGCACAUCAUGCAAGAGGCUACACCAAACCUUCCUCUGCAAAAGGCUAGUUUGCAACCUGCAGGAAUUUCUUUUUCACAUGGGGAGCCAUUCAAAGACAUGAAGCGGUACAGCCUGGUCUAAAGUGGUACAAGCUGGGAUUUCGGCCAUUCCAUUCUACUGCCUCGUUUUGUGUGAUGGGUAGAUCAGGUCUGAAAGUUCUAAGCUGAGGAGAACAAGGAGGAAGCAGCCAGGAGAAAUUCACGCUUUUCCAAAUCUUGCAAUGCAGUUUUGCAACCAGGAAAGGUGUACAAAAAUGCGUACGCUUGGGUAGCAUCCACAUAUGAAUUCAUAUAUUACUGAAAAUUGCAUACCGAAAUGUGUUAUGUUACGUGAAAUUGCUUUGUGAAAAUGUUUAUAGUAGGCACAGUUGCAUUAAAAAUGUGUAUACUGGGAGAAAUUUGCACUGAAAUGCUCGUUUUCUUUCUUUUGCAUAUAUGUAAGUUUUUAUUACUUUUUCCAAACAUUUUCACAAUAACCUUCAAAUAAAAUACAUUGUUUCAUAAGUUGACUCCCACCCUCACCACUGCAGCAUUUUUACUCAAACCUUUUCUACCGCAUAAUAUUACCUAUUACCCAAAGUCUCUCUAUUACAAUUAUUUUUGAAAUGUUGAUUUUCAUGAGGUGUUUUAAAAAAUAAAAUAAAAAAGUGAUGUGAUGUGAUGUGAUGUGAUGUGGAAAUGUGGAGAAAAAAACUGAAGGCUGGAAAAAUGAGAAAAACCAGAAAUCGAUAGAUCCAACCAUCCCUGAUUGACCAUCACCUCCAUGGGACAAACAGCACCUUUGGGUGCUAGUGGAUUAAAAACCACUUCUGCUGUGCUACUUCCCUGAAGUUACUUGCUUCCCCCAACUGCUUUGCCUUUAGAAAGAAACUUCACAAGCCAUGGAAGACAGAAUCCCAGCUGGCCCCUGUCCUGUCUUCUUUGGCCCUGAAACCAGAAGAAGCAGGCGGAGCAAAUAAAUUGUAAAUAACAUUUUUAAAAGCAAACAAACACGAAUAAAUUGUGAGUGGGACUUUUUAUCUGCCUCUGCAUUCGGCACACAAAGUCCCCAGGUGCUGCCAUCACAGGCCCAAGCAGCGGUAAAAAUGUUGGCUUCUCUCAAUUUGCACCAUCAAGCCCCUGAAUGAAAUGGCUGUCGUCAUCUGUGCCGUAGACAUUUCAGAUGCUGCGCAUGAGACGAUUCUCAUGCUCAUAGCUUCUUUCCAAGAAUUAUUCUCAGGAGGAGGUACUAUGGAGACACCCAGGCCCAGCUAUAUAUUAAUAUUUUAUAGUCUCAAAGUGUUAUUCUCUCUGUGUGUGUCUGCAUAUAGUUUGGAAUGCACUUUCCAUGUAAACAACUCUCUUAAUAUUUCAUCCCCCUCCUUCCUUCCUCCCCCCCCCAUGCAUUCUACGGGCCAAUUUUUUAUGAUAUGCAAAUACAUGAUGAAAUAGCCUGGGAAAAGACGCACCACCUCUGUACUGAGGCUUGGAGUGGGAGAGACCCCAAUUUCGAAGGAUUAUUCGUUGCAGGGGAGGGGAUGUUAGAGACCGCGCAUUUAAAGGAAUUAUUGAGUGCCCCAUUCCACAAUGGAAUUAUCCACCCUUCCUCUGGGUGCAGCUGAAUCUUUUCCAGCAUAGCCCUGGGAGCUGUAAAAAUAAAUGUUUUGGCUGAUCCAAAGACUGGAUUCGGUGCCUUGGUGUGCUAUUUCAUGGGCAGAAUUGGCCAUAAAGCCGGGUUUGCAUGCCUGGCGGUGCUUCUUUCGCUUCUUAAUUCUAACUUCUGCAUUAGGCUUUUGUUUAAACGGGGAUGACAAAUGAUGAAGAGUGUCCAUAGUCCUUAACAUCCUUAACACCUGUGAGUCCGCAGCUUGCUGGCAACCCCCACGAUAUUGUAUUUCUCCUACAGCCACAGCUGGCAGAGGUAUCUUGUUUUGUGAGAAUUUCAUUCCUCCUUUUUAUGUCUUUAAACACACACGCAUACACACAUACAGAGGGAUAUAUUUCUUACCCCCAUAAUUUUUUCAGAAAACUCUGGAUAUAUGUUCUGUGUCUAAAAAGUGAAUUUUUAAUAUUGCUGGCAAGUGGGAGAGAAAGAUGGUCGUUCACUAUUGUUUAUCCCCAACACCUGGUCAUUGCUGGGAUGGCGCCUCUGACUGGGGAACUUGGAUGCAGAUCAUGUUAAGAGCUUUAAAAAGUAAAAUAAAUAAAAGAAGCCUUCAGUUGUGCCUGGAAAACGACUUAGUAGCUAAUUCAGUUCAUUCAAAACUGGGGAGAUAUUCUAGAAACGUAUCAAACAUAAGGACAUAGCAUACCCUCCAACAUUUCUCCGAUGAAAAGAGGGAUGUCAUAUUCCAUAAGAAUUUUAUUAUUUAUACCCCACACAUCUGACUGUGUUGCCCCAGCCACUCUGGGCUGCUUCCAGCAUAUAUAAAACCAUUAAACAUUUUUUUUAAAAACCUCCCUAUACAGCAUGGGUAUGCAAACUAAGGCCUGGGGGCCAGAUCCGGCCUAAUUGCCUUCUAAAUCCGGCCCGUGGAUGGUCAGCAUGAGUAGAAUGUGUCCUUUUAUUUAAAAUGCAUCUCUGGGUUGUUUGGGGGGCCUGCCUGGUGUUUCUACAUGAGCAGAAUGUGUGCUUUGGACUUUGGACAUGCCUGUAAAUCUCUCCUUAAGAAAGCAAGGAAGUUCAAUUCUAGCGGAGAAGUUUCUAUUCCUAACAUUUGAGCAAUGCUGGCACAAUGUGAUAAUUUUCAGAUGGUCUGAUUACAAUACUGGGUGCCUACAUAGCUUGUGGUCUAUCAAGGCAAAUGCAGCCAAUCACACUUGUAUUAUAGGGCCGUUUACUUGACAACCUCCCUGCUUUCAUGGUGCCAGACAUGCAACAAACCCCUAAUAAGUCAGACACAAAUAGGUGGUCACUGUUAGAGCCGUCCAGGGUCAGGGUUGUAAGCCACCGUCCAGUUAGAAGGGCCAGAGGUGAGUAUAUAGUCCAGAUACAGCUGGACUCAAGGUCCAGGGCAGUCCACAAACAUCAGAGGGGCCUGAGACAGGUACACAGACAAGGCUAGCUAGAAGAUCGGGUCCCAAAGGGAAGGGACUGCUUAAAGGAGGAGGAGAAGGAACUGUCCAGGAUAGAUGAGCAAGAACAGGAAACUUCUGUUUGGAUAGACCUUGUUCCUCUGCAAAAAUGUACAUGCUAUAUUUUUACUACUGCAGUUUCCACAGUGCUAGUGAUGUGUCCUUUUCGUAUGUAUGUUUCUGUUUCCCACCCCAGCAUGCAAGGCCCUUGCUGAUGAGCUGGCCUAUGACAUCAAGAAAAUAGGUCCAAAGAGGACUGUGAAUUCGGGGACAUUUCGGCUCAACCCUGAUGGCACGAGAGGAAAGAAAAAGGUAAGAGGGAGAGACAUGGAGGUAUGUAAUAAUUGCCAGCAUGUGCAAUUACCAACCACUUAUCCAAACAGCGGUUGGUCUCUUAAUCUUCUAACCUUUUCCUUGGUAAGACCAGCAGCCAGUAAAUUGCUUCUCUUUCCUCUGGGAGCCAAAGUAAUCUAUGAGCUUGAAACUGAGGUAUUUUUUCCAGGACCUUUUAUUUUUGGAGGUGGGCUUUUAAAUGUUGAGAGGGUAGUAUUGUUCCAUUGCUAGACUGUUUCUUUUUUCUUUUUUAAUAUAGACAAUCAGAACCACACAAGGCACUGAGAGAGAGUGAGGAGGAGGGAUGAGAUGGAGUAGAAGUCUCUACUCAGAGUCAGCUCUCAUGGGCAGCUUUCCCCGGUCAUGAGAGUCUUAAGAUCUUAUCCCUGGGCAAAUUGUUCAAUUUAUUCUGCUCACCAUGAAUGUCUUCUGUUCAUGCACUUCUUGAAGAACGUUGGUUCAGAACUGGAAGCAAGGCCCCAAAUUUGUCCCAGUGGGCAAGCGGGUUAUGACCGGUUUAUAAAAUGAGUUGCAAAUGGCUGGUUCAUUUCAGUUUGUGAAAGAUGUAAGAAUAGCAACAAUAUCAAAGGAAAUCAAAAGAAAAUUAUGCAUAGCACAUCAUAACAUUUUUGUUGAGACAAGCCUAACCAGAAAUGGAGACUGUUUACGUGUGUGUGUGUGUGUGUGUGUGUGUGUGUGUAUUCUUUAUUGAAAGAGAAAAAGUAAUGUGUAUAUAAUUGUAAGUGCACAGGGUAAAAUAAGACAUGGAAAGGGGGGAAGAAAUGACACCCAUAUACAAUACAAAACAAAAACCUAACUUAUAAAUAUUACAAGAUUGUUAUUUAACUUAUUACAGUGUUUAUAGAAAUGAAUUCCAAAUAUCAGUUUUCGCUUAUCACUAAUUUUAAUUAUUAUUCUAAUGUUUAAAAUAGUUAUAUUGUUUCAUUCUUUUGGUAAACUGCUUGAGGUUUUGUUUUGCCUUUUUUACAGUCAAGUGGUAUAUAAAUUUUAUGAAAUUUUGCCUUAGGAGGCAAAGGCCUGCCUUGAUGUCCCUGACUCUGCUGCUGAGAGCAGUUGCCAGAGGGACAGGAGAUGAAGGCAACAAAGUCUUACUCCUCUUUGUGUCCCAUGAUGUCAUGGGCUGGUUGGACACAAAGGAAUGGUUGGAGGAACCAGCUGGGGAACCACCAAGGGAAGAAGGCUCAGAGGCAGGGGAUUGGUGGUAGGACGACAAUGAGUGGUCAGAGAGAAAGGAGGGGAAAGACUGCGAAGAGGGGUUGUCAGAAGCUGAAGGGGUAACAGGGCUUAGUGAGCUGGGAGGGUCUGUGGCAGACAGAAAGCAAGAAUCAUAGGCAGAAGUUGAAGCAGGGGAGGAGGGAGGCCAAGAGGUCAGGCUGGUGAAGAGUACUGGGUGUCUCCCCCUCCUGAUGUGACAAGCUCCCCUCCCCACUUGUCUCCCAGAACCAGAAGAGGCAUAAAAAAGGUGGAGGAGAGGUUGGCUUCAGGCAAGCACAGUCUCUGAUUGCUUGGGGGAAACCCUGGAGAGGAGGGGACUUAGACGGCUGUGGAGAGGUGGGGACUUUCAGUCUUGGCAACUGAUUCAUGGGGCAAAACCUACCGGGGAUGAGCUGCUGUGCUCGUUAGGCCCAACACUCAGCCAAGUGUCAUCGGAGCAUGACUCCUCCUUUAUUUCCCUGCUGGUUCAAUGGGAAUACAAAGACGGCCUCAGCCCAGUAUAUCUGAAGGAGCGUCUCCAUCCCCAUCGUUCUACCCGGACACUGAGGUCCAGCACCAAGGGCCUUCUGGCGGUUCCCUCACUGCGAGAAGCCAAGUUUCAGGGAUCCAGACAGAGGGCCUUCUCGGUAGUGGCACCCGCCCUGUGGAACGCCCUCCCACCAGAUGUCAAAGAGAAAAAUAACUACCAGACUUUUAGAAGACAUCUGAAGGCAGCCCUGUUUAGGGAAGCUUUUAAUGUUUGAUGUAUUACAGUAUUUUAAUAUUUUUUUGGAAGCCGCCCAGAGUGGCUGGGGAAGCCCAGCCAGAUGGGCGGGGUAUAAAUAAUAAAUUAUUAUUAUUAUUAUUAUUAUUAUUAUUAUUAUUAUUAUUACAGCCAGGCCCUUAUAAGCACUCUGUAGACCUAUGGCACAUUCUUGGUGACUCCUUGGUGACAUUCCUGGCCUGGUUCUGUUUAUUAGAAGAGGUGGGUGGGUUUCAGACAGGGAGUCUCUCCCAGCCCUACCUGGCUAUGCUGAGGACUGAGUCUGGGAUCUUCUGCUCUACCCCUGAGAUAUGGUCCUUCCCUAAUCACCAGAGGUUGUACCAGGGGGCAGAAGCUAUUUAAUAAAUUAUUUUCUGAACUGGGGAGGCAGGGGAUGAUUGACAAAAGCUAAACAUGUAGCAACUGACUCCGUGUCUGCGUUGUUGGAGUUUGGUGUGUGUGUGUGUGUAUACAAGCUCACAUGUGGCCAUCGUGGAGUCAUGUUGGUUAACCAAAGAAAGGUCUGAUACUAACUGGCUGGAGGAGGAGGGAGGAAGUAAAACCUGAGGAAAAAUAAUCCACAGGUAGAAUAAAUCAGUGGGGGAGGAAUAAGUUGCCUUGCUGUCUGCCCCUCCCUUCUGCAUUAGGUCAGGUAACUUAUUGCAGGUCUUGUUGUUUUACUUCCAAUAUGGGUAUAAGUUUGUGUGACUGGUAUGCACAUGUCUAGCAGAUUAUGUGUCCCCCAAAAGAGAUUGCAAUCCAAUAUUAAGCAUGCAAAAGAGCCACACGGGACUGUGUUUUUUCUCUUCUGCUCAGGACCCACCACCUACCUGUCAAUCCACCCAGCCCUCUUUAAAUAAAUGUUUGUUUUGUUUUAUUAGAUUUUGUACCUGCCCAUCACAGUGAGGUCCCAGGGUGUGCUAUAAGAAUAAAACAUAUACGGAUAAAAUAAAGGCCCAAUUUCAACAUUGUAUGGGGCAGACCUCCUGAUAAGAGACCUACUCCUGUAGGGCACAGUGAUUGAUUGGGCAUAUAUAGGGCAAAGUACUCUUUGGGGUAUCCUGCCCCCAUAGGGCUUUGCACAUCAGGGCCAGCACCUUGAACUCAGCUUGAUAGCUAAAUGCUGACAUGCUGGAGAGAGUUUGGAUUACAUCCAACCAAAUUCUACUCAGAGUAGGCCUAUUGAAAUUAAUGGACUUACUUUGGUCAUCACCACUAAUGUUGCUGGGUCCACCCUUUGUCGUCAUUUAGUCGUGUCCGACUCUUCGUGACCCCAUGGACCAGAGCAUGCCAGGCACUCCUGUCUUCCACUGCCUCCCGCAGUUUGGUCAAACUCAUGCUGGUAGCUUCAAGAACACUGUCCAACCAUCUCGUCCUCUGUCGUCCCCUUCUCCUUGUGCCCUCAAUCUUUCCCAACAUCAGGGUCUUUUCCAGGGAGUCUUCUCUUCUCAUGAGGUGGCUAAAGUAUUGGAGCCUCAGCUUCCGGAUCUGUCCUUCCAGUGAGCCCUCAGGGCUGAUUUCCUUCAGAAUGGGUAGGUUUGAUCUUCUUGCAGUCCAUGGGACUCUCAAGAGUCUCCUCCGGCACCAUAAUUCCAAAGCAUCAAUUUUUCGGCGAUCAGCCUUCUUUAUGGUCCAGCUCUCACUUCCACACAUCACUACUGAGAAAACCAUAGCUUUAACUAUACGGACCUUUGUUGGCAAGGUGAUGUAUCUGCUUUUUAAGAUGCUGUCUAGGUUUGUCAUUGCUUUUCUCCCAAGGAGCAGGCGUCUUUUAAUUUCAUGGCUGCUGUCACCAUCUGCAGUGAUCAUGGAGCCCAAGAAAGUAAAAUCUCUCACUGUCUCCAUUUCUUCCCCUUCUAUUUGCCAGGAGGUGAUGGGCCCAGUGGCCAUGAUCUUCGUUUUUUUGAUGUUGAGCUUCAGACCAUAUUUUGCGCUCUCCUCUUUCACCCUCAUUAAAAGGUUCUUUAAUUUCUCCUCACUUUCUGCCAUCAAGGUUGUGAAACCUUUCCCUGGGCAUAGUAUUCUGUUUCUAGUGUUUGGGUGGGAUUGCAUCAUGCAGGUAGGAGAUGAUGAAACUGAAAGCUGAGAAUUAAGCUGCUUCCGCAACAGGGCCAACAACAUUUCUUUAAAACAGGAAGCAUCUUCCAGCAAUACAUUUCAUGUUGCCCAAUGCCUACGUCUGUGAGAUAUAAGGGAAAGACAGCAGUUUGACAAAUCUAGUUCCUGCCCAUCUAGUCACCUUGGCCAAAGUGACAUUUAUGAUUGUCCCCUCCAGAUUCAGCAUUCAUGAUAGGGAGAUGUCUCACACCAUCUAACCCACAAAUGUCUCCUCUGACUGAUGGUGGCUCUCAGGCAGAUCUCUUUUCCAUCACCUGCUCUCUGAGCCAGGAACUGAACCUGGGACUUCCUGCAUUCAGAACAUGCACCCUUUUGCUGAUCUAUCCUUGUCCCUCUCUUCCCUCAAGAGAGAAUCAGGAUGAGCCUGGGUAUGGCAGAACAAAGGCCAGUCUAUGCAACCUAUCACUCAAGUAGCAUCUUUUAAAGCAAUCUCAUACUGUUUUGCCAAUUAACUCUGCAGAUUCUUUAAAGGAUCUUCAGUAGUCGAGGGAAAAGAUAUUUUUAUUUCAACAGAAUAGGACAACCUCCUUAAACAGUAACAAAAACAAAACCCCUCAAACAGGAAACCUCCUUAAACCUUCUUACACGGUAAUACCAAACCCUCUACCACCAAGAAAUAACCCCAAAGGAACAAUUUCAAAGAAACAAUUCCCCCCACCAGACCUUGACCCACAUACAACACCAGAUCAUCUUCUUCCUCCUGACCACAUUGCCCUGCACUAUCUGUUCCUGCCUCGACCAGGUGGGCCACCUGUGGCAAUUGGGGCUCCUCAUCAGGGCAAACAAGGCCUAGCAGGGCCACCCUCAAGGGCAGGAGUGCUCCUGCAAGGACUCACAGAUAGGGCUGGCUGAAUAAGGCCAAACCUACACCUCCUCAAUUUUUCCUUGCGCAUUUUCCACUACACAUACCACUUUUAAGUGUCAUGGCUUCCCCCAGAGAAUCCCAGGAACUGCACUUUGUUAAACGUGCUGGGAGUUGUAGGGUCUCCUAACAUCUCUCUCGGUAACUUUUUUCCUUCGUAAUGUAACUCUUUUGAGGUUCUUUAGAAAUAAUCGAUGUUGAUUAUGGUUCUUUCUCCCUCUCUCCUCUUUUUCUUUUGCUCUGUUUUUCCUUUUUCUUAAAAACUGUAAACUGCGGCAGAAAAUAAGGUGAAGGCAUUGCUGUCAUGCAGCCCACCUGAGGUCCAGGCCCCACCUGCUGAAGACCACUGAGCAAAACCCCUGCCUGUCAGGCUUCAGCACCUGGGCCCAUUGCACUCCCGAGUCCUCAGUCUCCUAGCACAGGAGAUGUAGCAAAGGCCAUCGCUGCGUGACAUUCAGGGUCAAGUCGCAGAUGGGUUGGCCAGUGCUUCCCACUAGUGGUGAAAGUGAUUCUUCACUUUGAAGUUCAGAUAAAAUCCACUUGCAAUGCUUGAAGGCAGUUCAGUGGUACCAAUUUUUAAAAUUAUUUGGUGUGCUACGGAAUUGACAGAAAGUGUUUUCCUUUUAAAAAAAAUUGUGGUUGCAGAUAUAUAGGGAUCUAACUCUAUUUUUAAACAUUGUUUUUACAAGAUGCAAAUGAAUAUUUCUCACCCCGUCCUUCACCAUAAAGCCCCAAGGUGGGUUAUAACAAUUAAAUAUACAAUUAUAAAAACAGAUUAAAUCAUUCCGGUGAUAAAAUGAGUGGAUAAGACAUCUUUAGCUGCUGAUUCAUCACAACUAAAAGCACAUUUAAAGCAAAAAACCAAAAAAAAAAACAACCCAAGCAAACCCACAUAACAGACACACAUGACAGCAUCCGACUGUAAUGAGCUACCAAAUAAAACCAGUGUAGAUUAAUUCAACUCAAAUUUGAACAAACAGCAUAUUUUGUCUAGUAAGUUACUCGAAGUUGCUUAACUCUCCUAAUUUAUUAAACCCUUAUCCCCACAGGAGGUAUUCAAACAAAAACAACUUCAAUUCAGACACAUUUGAAUCCAGGUAUUUAUUAAGAGUAAUGAACAUUUGGAUCUGCUGGGAAAUAUGAAAUCCCCCUGUCACUUCAAAUUCUACCACCCACGUUCUAUUGCAUGAGUUUCCCAAAGGGCUCGCUUCAAACUUCAGCAUUUUGGGGAGUGAUGAGGCAAACCAACAUUUUAUCUUGUAGCAUAAAUUACUAAUGCCAAUAUCAAUUCUUUGAGUAGCAGUCCUCAAGGAAGGAGGGAGGGAAAGGAAUAUCAUGCAAGUGAGCUGAACAGGAGCACUCAAUGCUCUGCAUAAAAAACCCUAAGGGUGGGAAGAACCCAAAACAGCUGGGGGAGGGCCUGAGCAUGCUCAGUGGGCAAGGGGAAUGCUCACUGACUGGUGGGUGGGGUGGAAUUGAGUGGUUGGAGCCUUGUCAUCCUCUGUCACCGCAUGAGUACUUUCUACACCAACCUCUCCACACCCAUUUCGUUUUCCCUGGUGUGUCCCAGUCCCAGCCACACCCCUCGCCACGAUCCUCUUUCUCCUACCCGUUGUCCUUCCGGUUCAUGACGAUUGUCCAUUACACUUGCAGUCCAUUGCAGUUCUCAUCAUGCAAGCAUCAUGCGCCUGUGGUCAGUGUAUUGUGUGAACAAGCCAGAGGUGGCCAUUCGCAAGAGACUCCAGAACAUAAGCAGAAACUUCAUGGUCUGAGGCUAGGAUCUACCUUUGUGAGUUACCGUAUACAGUCAUACCUCAUAUUACGUUUGCUUCAUGUUACGUUUUUUCAGGUUGCGUCCCGCGGUGACCCGGAAGUACAGGAAAGGGUUACUUCCGGGUUUCCCCGCUCGCAGAUGCGCAAAAUGAGGCUACGCGCAUGUGCAGAAGCGAUGAAACGCAACCCGCACAUGCGCAGACAUGCCGCUGUGGAUUGAGUUCCUUUCAUGUUGCAAACGGGCCUCCGGAACAGAUCCCGCUCACAACCAGAGGUACCACUGUACUUUUAAGAACACAACUCACUCCCAUGGAAAAUAUGAUGUGGGAGUUGUAAUUUUGGACUAUGACUAGGGAUCCCUGGAUUCAAGACCCCAACCAUGAAUAGGGAACAGAAGUAAUGCUGCUUGUGAUGGUGGGUUCUACACUUGGUCUUCAUUGGGCUGUUUUGAGGGUUUUCUACCCUUAGGGCAUUUCCCCUUAAAUGUUGAGUGCUUUUGUUUGUUUGUUUUUGUAAUUUUGUAAUUUUGCAAAUGGUAGAAUUCUCCCAAGUCUGCUACUAGGACUUUUUUUUCAGCCAGAGCCCACUGACGGUCAGCUUUGGCCCCUCUCAGGUGGGCGCCAUUGCCAUUCUAAGAGAACAAGGGAGUAGUUCAUGGUGUGCUCCAGCACAUCUUUGUCUAGAAAAACAGCGCUGCUAAUAGUCCAUUUCUCUUGUGCAAGCGCAUCCAUAUUACCUAUAACAGUAAUGUCUCGCUCUGAAUGUAACCGACCUGUGUGAAAGGACUCUAUUAUCUGAAAACAGAGACACCAUAUGUACUUUUGUUCCCUAAGAAAUCCUUUAAUUAAAGCAUAUUUUUAAAAAGAAAGAAAGAGAGGAAAUGAUUUGUUUGUCCAUUUACCAGUGUUCUCUCCCUCUGUCCCUCCCUCUCAUUGUCUCCUUCAUGAAGUUGUUUUCAAUGUUUAAAUCAAUCAUUAGACUCUGUUUAUUUCAGCAAAGGACUUAAUUCUUCAGAGAUAUGUGCCUGGUCCCCAAAGGCUAUGAUACGAACAUGACCUUUGGUACCUGUAAAUGUUGUGCAAGAGAGCUGCCUUUCCUGACAGCUGUGGUGAUAAUCCUCUUUGUCUCUCUUAAGUGAUAGCUGAUAAGUCCGUGCAGAAUUUGUUUGCUAUAUUUCUGUCUCCACAAGGUUAAAUUACCCCAAAGAGGGGGGGAAUGUGGAAAAAUACAAGUCCGCCCCCCCAAAAAAAGAAUUUAUUUUGGAAGGAAGUUGAGUCAUUGUUUCAAUCAGGUUUAGCUAAAAGUGAGGGGGGGAGAGAGAGAGAGAGAAAAAAAAAAGAGGUUCACAGGCCUGCUUUUGAAAAUAAAAGUCCUUUCAACAGAGAGGUUAGGAGCGAAAUGUACCACAGUAAGUGUUCAGAACGCAAAAUGACUUUUUUUUGCCAUUUUCCCCUCACAGCAAUGUGUUUACCUGACUAGCUGCUGCUAGAAGAAAACACAUACAUUUUUUGUAAAGGGAAGGACUGUAGGAAUCAAAUGUCCUUGACACACAUUAUGUUUUAGGUGUGGUGGAAAAUGCCUCUGCCAUGCUCCACGCCGGCCAAAGGUGUGUGCAGAGAAGGAUACUUUAACUGCCUGCCUGAAGCAGCUGAGAAUUAGUUCCCAAGGACUAUUGUUGGGAUUUUUUUAAAGACGCAGAUGCAUUCUGUUUUCUCAAGUGUGAUAGUUUCGGAGUCCACGCCUGAAGACUUUUCUAGGUCAUACUUAUUCUUGUUGGCGUUUUUUGGCAUUCAUAUUUGAUGGCCAGACAUUCCAAAUGAGAAUAUUGUAGCAAUAAAUGCGCGUCUACUCUGUGUUUGGAAUCUGAGGCUCUGGCGAAGAAUGCAGGUUACGGAUUAGUCUUGAAGUAUGCACAUUAUCUGCCCUCUUCCAGUUAAUAGUAUACAUUGCAAGGUCGCCUCCUGGCUUGGAAUGUGGAAGAACCCCUUUGUUGACGAUUCGUAUUUAUGUAUGUAUACGGAUGGGAUAUGUAUUCUCUUUUCCACCCUGUUCUGUUCUUCCACCUGAAGCCCUUUUCCAUCCAUCCAGAAUAGCAUUAAAUGACAGAGUCCACUGCACUGCACUUUAUUGUAUCUCUCUCUCCCUCCACCCACCCCCGGCUAGUAUAGAAGGACGGAUGAAUGGGGUCAUGCGCCAAGUCCCCUGCAGUUAACCAUUAUUUUUGGUGAAUAAAGGAUGGUUAAGGUUGAGUGGAAUGUCAGCAAACCUUUCAUCCCUCUUCCUUUCAGCUGUCUGUGUUCAUACCCACAAGCCAUACAAAGUUUCCUGGCUUGGUUUUCACAUACGUGGCCAGCUGGCUCCUUCUGCAUAAUGCCUGCGAGUUUUCUUGGCAGGGCCCGGCACGUUUUGGACUCCAUAGCUGCAGAGAUUUCUACUUUGGUGCAAGUCACUUUAGGUCUGGCCUCUCUCCCCUUGUGUUUUAGAAGGCAGUGCCUGUGACCACUCAUACAUUAUUACAGCGCAGACGUUUGAUUUCCAAAAUAGUGUUCCCUUCAGGCUGAAGGUGGAAUUGGAUAGGGCAAGGCCAGGCUGAGCCUGUCAGAAUUAGGCCAGUCAGGUCUGGGGUGGAGUCUACAUACAUACGUGUGUGUGUGUGUGUGUGUGUGUGUGUGUGUGAAACUGAUUCUGCAGAAUGCUGGUUUUCCAGUACUAGUCAGCUGCUAGAAUGAAGUUUUAUUUAUAAAAUAAUGGUUGAGCAUUUUAGAUAAAUGACACAUUUCAGCUGUCUGUUUCUAUCAGUGCUGCCCCAACAUGGCAUAAGAAGAAUAAAAGGGUAAAGGGGACCCCUGACCAUUAGGUCCAGUCAUGGCCAACUCUGGGGUUGCGGCACUCAUCUCGCUUUAUUGGCCGAUGGAGCCGGCGUACAGCUUCUGGGUCAUGUGGCCAGCAUGACUAAGCCGCUUCUGACGAACCAGAGCAGCGCACGGAAACGCCGUUUACCUUCCCACCAGAGCGGUACCUAUUUAUCUACUUGCACUUUGACGUGCUUUUGAACUGCUAGAUUGGCAGGAGCAGGGACCGAGCAACGGGAGCUCACCCCGUCGUGGGGAUUCGAACCUCCGACCUUCUGAUCGGCAAGUCCUAGGCUCUGUGGUUUAACCCACAGCGCCACCCGCGUCCCUCAUAAGAAGAAUGCAAUGUAUCAAAGGACUGGUUGCAAAAGGGAUGGCAAAUCCACACUGGGAGAUACUGCGUUACAAUUGUUGGGUAUCUCUUGUACCCUUGAUGUGGGUUAGUCUGUGCACUCCUUGUUCACCACAUAAAGGUGCUGAAUUAGAGAGCUUGGCUGAUGUGCAACAUUUGCGAUGCAAAAGGCACCUGGGAAUUACCACCAGAAAUGGUGUUCGUGUGCUGGGGGAGCUGCAGGAGUCCUUAAUUUGCGCCACUUCCAGGAUGAGUAAAUAUCCCAGCUAAAAUUGGAUGUGAUACCAAAAAAUAUGAAAAGUGGGAGAAGGAACUCUGGUUCUAGGAAUAGCUAGCACUUCCACCAGGACUCUGUGCUUACCUGUCAGUAGUCUGUCAAAUCUUGGGAAAGCAAAAAGACAUUCCUGGUGUGACACAAAUAGUAUUCCUUCCUGAAUACCGGCUCUUCUUCCUUUGAAGUCCCUCAAAAGUGAUUCCUCCUGCAGUUUCACAAACAUACAGCAUUCGUUUUUGCACAGUUGUAUCUUUUCCUGUGAGAGUCAAACAAAAUAAUUUUGUAAAGGACAGUCUCUGAGAAUGACAGGCAAGCACCACCAAGCAAGGCCUGGGGGGAGCCUCUUUUGUGGGGGACAGGGAUGGUGCAAACACUAGGUUUACGUUUGGCUUGGCGGCAGCUCAACAAACCAACAGGCACCACCAACCCUCUGAAACGACACCAUUGCUCUGUAGGCAAGACCUAAGGCUACCUCUCCAUGGAAGCUUUUUGUGUUUGUGUUUCUGGUUUUGCUAAAUAGGAGACAUGGGUACAAUGGAUGUAGUAUGGGAAAGCAUGAGAGACCCCUCUGGACGUGGUUUCCUUGUGGGAAUAUUCUACAAGAUGUCAUUGAUGCAAAAGUGCAUUCAUAGUGGAUUUCUCCUACUUAGGCUGUCCACACAUUCCGCUUUAUUAGUUUUGCGAUGGUUCCUCAGUGGUAUUGCAUUAUUGCCACCUGGAUAGGAAACCUUGCAGUAUAAAGGUAAAGGUACCCCUGACCGUUAGGUCCAGUCGCAGACAACUCUGGGGUUGCAGCACUCAUCUCGCUCUAUAGGCCGAGGGAGCUGGUGUUUGUCCGCAGACAGGUUCCGGGUCAUGUGGCCAGCAUGACUAAGCCACUUCUGGCGAACCAGAGCAGCGCACGGAAACACCGUUUACCUUCCCGUCGGAGUGGUACCUAUUUAUCUACUUGCACUUUGACGUGCUUUCGAACUGCUAGGUGGGCAGGAGCAGGGACUGAGCAACGGGAGCUCACCCCGUCGUGGGAUUCGAACUGCCGACCUUCCGAUCAGCAAGCCCUAGGCUCUGUGGUUUAGACCAUAGCGCCACCCUAUACAAGCACUAUACUGCAACAAAAACAGGACCAACCCCAUGCCACCCACCAAUGCAAACCUGGAACAUCCAUGCUUUAAGACAUUGCAGAAUUUUAGCAGGAAAUUAAGGUACCUGUACACGCAGUGACUGGAAACACAGGCCCUCUAAGUGUCCCUAUUUUCCAGGGACGUUCCUGAUUUAGAGAAGCCCUCCCAGUUUUGGAUUUGAUCCCAGAAUGUCCCACUUUAGGAUGUCCCCAUUUUCAUUGGAGAAAUGUUGAAGGAUAUGGAGUUAUCCAGCCCUGGAGCCAUCUGAAGGCAAUCCUGUAUAGGGAAGUUUUUUUAAUGUUUAGUGUUUUGUUAUGUUUUUAUAUAUAUUUUGGAAGCUGCUCAGAGUGGCUGGGGCAAGCCAGUAAGAUGUGUGGGGUAUAAAUAGUAAAAUUAUCGUUCUGGAACGGGACAUCGCUAUUUUCAUUGGAGCAGUGUCAGAGGGUAUGGAAACGAAGCAGUGUGUCUGCCCCAGAACUUUUGCAGAUGCAAACAGCGUUGAAAGCAGAACUGCAUAUCACCUCCUUGAUUCCAUCACCAGCACAUAUCAUCGUGAAUGCACGAUAAAAAAAGACAGCUGGAGGGCCCUUUAAGUGUUCCACAUCAAGUGGUAUUUUCGUUUCCUGUUCUAGAAGAACCAAAUGAAUCCCUAUACAAACCGAGAGGGUGCUCCUGAACCUCCUACUAUAAAAUGAAGAAAUUGGGGGUAGAGCUAUAGUGUCUGUGGGAACAGGCACAGCAACUUCCCUUUGAGCUGUCCUAUUCUGUCCCGCGGUCUGUCUGCAUGGAGAGCCUGCCCUGCCCACACGGGACCUUCUCAUCUUCAGGAAAUACAAAUUCAGGGGCAACAGGUAUGCCGCAUAGCUUCCAAGGACCACGAAAAGGAAAACCUUUUUGGUUUCUUAAAAAAAACUUGUGUGCCAUUGUUUUAAACUAAAGCUACUUGAAACAGAAUGAGAUGUGAUGUGUGUGUGAUUUUCCUGUUGCUGGUUUUACACAUCACGUGCUGCCUCUCCCGAACUUCCUUGCUUGGGGGGCAGGUUUGGUCUACCAGCAGUUCUUUGUGGGGAUCCGGGAGUGGCACAGCCACACCAGAGACUGUCAGUUUUAGGCACUCAGAAGAAUCCCAUGGAUUCGGCACAUCUGCUGCUCCCCCGAAGCCUCUGCGUGGAAGCACCCUGAGGAGGAUCUCAAGAUGUCAAAAAGCACUUUCCUGCAUCUGAAGGUUGCUUCAGGCCUCUCACAGAAGUUCACCGUUAUACUUCCGGGAGAGGAAAGUCAGAACCGGGGUGGGUAGGGGGCAGAGAAUAGUUUUGUAUUUUGAUUGCUUUGCUUUUCCUCUGAUUGUCUGCUUAUUAUUCACAUGUUGGGCAAUUUUAGAAUGUCCAUUAGAGAAUGUAAGCAAUAUGUUAAUCAGCCAGUGUACAACACACAGGAAAGGAGCCGCUAACGAAACUGAUUUUUAGCUGAAGUAGACAGUGCUGCAUAUGAUUUAAUUGGGGGAGGUAGGAGGUUAUGUUGGACAAUACUUUGGGGUGGGGUUCAGUGACUGAAUACAUAAGAUUAGCUACAAGUUAAGAAAAUGUACUACAGUGGUACCUCGGGUUAAGAACUUAAUUCGUUCUGGAGGUCCAUUCUUAACCUGAAACUGUUCUUAACCCGAAGCACCACUUUAGCUAAUGGGGCCUUCUGCUGCUGCUGCACCGCCGGAGCACCAUUUCUUUUCUCAUCCUGAAGCAAAGUUCUUAACCCAAGGUACUAUUUCUGGGUUAGCGGAGUCUGUAACCUGAAGCGUCUGUAACCCGAGGUACCACUGUAAAUGUAUUAAGUAGUCAAAGGGAAGCACCUUCAAGUUUCAACUAUUUCUGCAGGGGACGCAAAAAUGACUUUCUUCAGUUGAGAUCAACAGGAUUUAAGCAAACAUCACUUCUAGCUGCCUAUCGCCACUUUCUGAAACUGGCAUGGGCAGCCUGAUCCUAUCGGUUGCCACACUGGGACAAUGACUCAUAGGAUCAGAAACCAGGAGAGUCCUUGUGUUUCUGCUGUGGCUGAAUCCGAGUCUGAGUCCUAGUGCAGCAGAAGCCACCAUUAUCACCGUGGUGACAUUGCUGUUCCCCAUUACCCGUGUAGGCGACUGGCAAGACUUGACAAGAAGCUUGAUGGGACGGGGACAAGAGAGCAAACACCAUUUCUGGAGCCAUGUGUGAUGUUCUGUAGACUUCCUUUGGUGGGUGCAGCUGUGCUGAGGGCUAAAACAGUUGUGAUGAUAGCCACACAAUUAGCAACUGCAUUUCCCCCCAGCCGCAAAGUAAAUAGCUGCAGGAUGGGAGCUGGUGUCCCAAUCCAUCAAGGAGAAAAUCCCCUUCCCCUUUCCCUUGGGCCUGGUCUGGAUUGCCUCCGUAACUGCUAUUGACUCAAAACAGCAAUGACAAGGAGGCAAUCCUAACCCUAAUCCUAGCUUCUGCCACACACAGAGACACACAGACACACACUACUGCCAGUAAAGGGUGUUCCAGGGUGGGGCAGAAGGGAGCUGGCCAUGCAGACUCUUGGAGAUGAGCCCAGUUUGGGCCCCUGUGCUAUGAUACCUUGGCGCUGGCGCAGCAAGAAUGCUGAAAAUCCACCUCCUGGCUUGUUUGACGAUGUAGUCUGUACCGCCUGGCAUUAGCUCUCCAAGGUUUGGGCCACUGUUGUCCAACCCUAACUAAAGACACUGCAGAGUCAACCUGGAACAUCCUGCCUGCAAAGUGUGCCCUUCACUACGGAGCUGCAGCCCUGCCAAGAUGGCUUGGACUUCCAGAGGCACACCUUGAGUGGAUUUUUAGUCACCUAGGGGGGCUUAAAAAAAAAAGUUUACAGAUUCAUCCAGUGAGUUCCCUGUGAACAAAUUCACACUGCAUCAUCAUCAUCAUCAUCAUCAUCAUCAUAAUUUAUUAUGUGUACCUCGCCCAUCUGGCUGGGCUUCCCCAGCCACUCUGGGCGGCUUCCAACAAAGAUUAAAAAUACAUCAAAAUGUCACACAUUAAAAACUUCCCUGAACAGGGCUGCCUUCAGAUGUCUUCUAAAUGUCAGGUAGUUGUUUAUCUCUUUGACAUCUGAUGGGAGGGCGUUCCACAGGGUGGGCUCCACUACCAAAAAGGCCCACUGCCUGGUUCCCUGUAACUUGGCUUCUCGCAGUGAGGGAACCGCCAGAAGGCCCUCGGCGCUGGACCUCAGUGUCCGGGCAGAACGAUGGGGGUGGAGACGCUCCUUCAGAUAUACUGGGCCGAGGGAGCUUGAUUCACUUUAACAAGCAAGCUGUUCAUCUCUCCUCCAGAAGACGAGAGGAAGUAUCUUAUACUGAUUCAGACCACUCACAGUUCAUUGUGCUUGCUGUGGUCUGCACAGACUGGCAGCAGCUUCCCCAAGUUUCAGCUGGGAGUUUUUCCCCCCAGCGUUGCCUUUUAUUACCUUCAUGUCUCACCUUUCCACCAAAGGAGCUCACAUGCCAUCCAUGGUUCUUCCUUUCCCGCUUUUGUCCUCACAACCCUGUGAGGUAGGUUAGGCUGAGGGAGAAUACUGGACCUAAGGUCACCCACUCCUAUGUCCAGCACUCAAAGCACUGUCUCACACUAGCUCUCAUUGCAGAGUUUUCAGGAUUGAAUCCAGUACCUUUUGCAUUAACAGGAUGCGUUUUAUUACUGAGUAACAGCCCUUGUGGUAUUUGCAAGACUGGAAAUGAUCCACAGAGACAGAAGGAACAAAACUCAGCAGUGUGCUCCUACCAAACUACAGUGUACCUUGGUUUAUGAACUUAAUCUGUUCUGGAAGUCCGUUCUGAAACGGAAACUGUUCUUAAACUGAGGCACGCUUUCCCUAAUGAGGCCUCCUGCUGCCGGUGCCCUUCCACCGUUUGCCUGAGGUAGAGUUCACAAACUGGACACUACUUCCAGUUUUGCGGAGUUUGUAAACUGAAUCAGGACUGUUCUGAAACCGAGGUACCACUGUAUAUACAAAGCUGGCAUCUAGGAGAAUCACCACAGAAUGGGAAGACGUGGCUACAGUAUUGGAAAGGAAGGCAUGCUGAGGAUGGCUUUUCCUGGAGAAAAGUCAGAACAGCCAAGGAGAAGGAACCUGCAGGACCGAGACGGUAUAAACAGCAGGCCAGAGGCGACUGCUGAUGACCAUUGAGGUUGGUGGCAUAGAGAGGGCAGGACAGCAGAUGUUUGGCAGACCCAGGGGAGCGAUAGGUGGCUCUAAGGGGACGCAGAGCAUUGCAUGGCUACAGUCCUCUGCACAUUCACAUGAGACUAAGCCCCACAGAACGCAGUGGCCAAGCAGGCUUGGAUGAAGCUCUGUUAUCAGUUGCCCACAUCCUUUUCUUCGAAAAGUACACAAAAACCACACACAGCCGUAUUAACAAGCGUCAUCCAAGUCAUCAAUAAAAGAAAAAGGGGGGGAAAUCCACUGAACAUGGAGUUUUAUUUUGAAUAAAGAUGCUUUGGGUUGGGCCUUAGGUUAACAUUUUUCAGGCCACUGUUCUUAACCAAAAGACAACAAGGUAUGCAUCAUCAUACAAAUACGAUAUAUUUUGGAAAGUUGCUUGUCUGUUCACUAUUCAUUUGGACGCCUCUUAAGAACUGCAACCAAAUUUUGCACGAUGGUUCCUGAGAUCAAGGAGCAGGUUUUCAUCUAUGUUUGGAUACCAUUGGACACCAUUUUGAAUCAACAUGAUGUACUGAUCCAUUUCAGAACUUCCCUGAUUUUAACCACUAAUCUCGUUUACAGCACUGAUAUUUUUCAGCGCCAUAGAUUUUCCAAGUGGCGCAGGGUACGAGGCUGCUAGUAGGUUAUAAAAGAUCAGACAUUACUUUACAAAGUAUAGUACGAGUCUACCUCUAUGUUUUAUUUGUGCGGGGGUUUGGCAGCAGCACCCAAGGCAAAAGAUUCAAUCUUUUCUAUUUUCUAUUUCUACCGGAUAGCAACAAAUCCAUUUUAUGCUGAGAAUCAUCAGCUCCUUGCUGAUAAUUAAAUGAUCCAGUUGUUGCAUUCUAAUUUCUGUGGCUUGUAGUAACCAGUGUUACUCCCAUUGAAAUUAAUGGACAUGACUAACGUAGCUUAAUGAAUUCAGUGGGUCUACUCUAAGUAUAACGGAGUUGGACACAACCUUGUGUUUGUAUCUCGCAGUUUAUCAAGUAGGACACUAGAGCAUCAGUCAACUCUUCCCUCCAUAGUCUGACUCUCAUAGGUUCCCACCCAUCCUCCGACUCCCAAAUCGGCCAUCUCACUAUUGCAGAGGUUUAGUACAGGUAAAAACAAAGGCAGAUCGUUGCUCUGUUAACUUGAUUGUUUUUAUCAUGGACAUCAUUUUACAUGAAAAUUGUUUUACAUGAAAGAAUACAAUAUUCAAUAUAACAUAGCAUACGGCGGUUGUUCUUGCUGCUGCUGUGCUGUUUGAAUGAGCCUAGAAUUACACACUGGAUAUUCUGUCACUGUUUCUUGGUGCAAUGAGUGCGCAUUCGGGAAUGGACCACGGAAAAAAUUGUUUUAGGGCUGGCGUUGGUGGUGGUCUCACAUGAAGUGGAACGCAACUGUUGCUUAUGCAGCCAGCUCUGGAGUAACAGAGCCUGCCUUUCUUCACUAUCGAGGAAGGCUUUUAAUUCCAGAUGUUAGAAUGUCAGUGUUUGUUACUGUAAAUGAAGUUACGCUGAUUAGUUACAGCACAAAAGCUAAAGUACCUUCCUCUGCUCGGAUCACGACUCUUAAUAACGAUGAUGGGGGGAGGGGCUUUCUCCAUGAAUUUGCCUCUCUUAUAUACAUCUCUACACAAGUGACCACAGUUUUCCAUUGGGAAAACUCCUACUUUAAAAAAAAAAAAUUACGGUAAAUAAAUCUGAGUGAACAAUGUUCGCUGGCUAAAACAGGGGGCAGGAUUUGUGUUUCCAUGCGAAUGAAUGUUUCCUGCUCAACGUCACAUUUUCGUAAUAAGCUUGUGUUUUUUUAAAGCAUAACUUUCUUUGAAAUUUUCCUGUUGGUGAAUAAAGUCUCUCUCUCUCUCUCUCUUUUUUAAUUAAGCAAGCCCAGGUGGUAGAUCCACACAGCAAACACAUUUUUCCAACCUUUAUUAUGCCUCGUUAUAAUUCUCUCCUUUAAAAGGAUUUCUAAUUAUAUUGUCUAAUAAAACUAAACCUUGGAGAUCAUUUGCAUAUUAUAUGAAGAAAUCUCAUACAACAAACUCACAGUGGAUUCAAUUAACAUAAUAGCUAAUUAUAUAUCCCAUCAGCCUUUUGAGUAGUUCGGCAUUCAUGUUUCUCCUCUUCUAGCCUAGAGCAAAGGGGAAGGGGGAACGGGGCUUUUGGAGUUCUCACUUUUAAAUAUUGACUCUUAAUAAAUAUCGGAAAUGAUUGGAAUACUUUUGUCAAUUAUAAAGCUUGUGAUUAAAUGACAUGAAACACUUUUUUAAAACACUUGUUUCCAAAUUCCUGGAAUCCCACCCCUCCACACAGUUAAGUCACUAACUUCUGAACGCUUGUUAGAAGUGAACUUACUCAGAUACAUGGGUGGUUGAACAUACGUAAACAUGCUUGCAUAAUUCAUACAUACUGCAACACUGACGGAGGAAGAGGAAGGCGGGAGGGAAAGAGAGAGAGAGAGAGAGAGAGAGAGAGAGAGAGAGAGAGAGAGAAUGGCUUUCACAUGGAAAAUACUUGAUUGGCACUCUGGAUUUUGGAAGAUGUCCAUCUGCAGCCGUUACAUUUUUAUUUUUCUUAUCCCAUGCCCACAACCCAAUUGCAUUCUUGGCUGGUUAUGGUCUCUAUCAAGGCACAAAUUUACAACGAGAUUAGCAGAGACAUAGUAAUGAACUGGCUCAUGAGCUUCCUUGUAAUUGACUGUUAUGAAGGUGUCAUCUCUGCAGCCUGUAAUGAAUUCUCCAUUGUGGGGCUUAAAAUUGGCUAAAAUAUUCUGGAACUGAUUUGCCUCUCUAUGUGCACAUGACCAUGUGUGUUGUAGCAGAUAUUAACUUUCUCUCUCUCUCACUCACUCGCUUUCAGCAUUUUGAAAUAUUGGAAAGAUCAGCUUACUCCCCCCCCCUCCCCAUGUCAGACAUGCUUUGAAUGAUCAGCAGCACUGUGGGAUUUUUUUUUAAAAAAAAAAAAUCUGGGAAAAACUUGGAGAAGUCCAUGCAGUGCUAAAAUCUGCACAAACAACAAAAACCAACGGGGGUUGGAGGGAUUUUGGUGGGAGGAUAUACCAUCUUGUUGUUUUGCAAAAAAUAAAUAAAUGAUAAGCUAAAAGUUUGAUACAAAGUAAGAUGCCUUUCUCUUGUUACAAUGAUGGCUGCCUUGUUAUUCAUAUUUUAAUGAGCUUACUAUCUCUGCGACAGCUUUUUCGGGAUGGAGUGAGGCCCACAUCUCCGGUGUGACUACAAUGGGAGUUGCUUUAUUGACAAGUACCAUUCAAAAUCUUCAGAGUCUCCAAAGAAAGGCUUUCAUUUUCUGCCACAUGCCUAAAUGCUUCCCCCCUUUUUAUUAUUGAGGCAAUUUUAAAGCAUCCUUAACUUUGGGGGGGGGGGGAAGGAUGUUGCCCUGGUAGUAGUCGUGGCUGGGAUAUAUUUGUAGAGAAAGUAUAUACCUCAGGGAAAGACAUUUAGUUGAAAUGCAAAUUGCUGUUGCUUACUAAUCAAACCAGGUUAGCUAAAGAACUGGCAAAAAUCGUACCUAUUUCAUUUGUGGGAUUUAUGUUGUGUGUGUGUGUGUAUUGUAAAUUUCUAUAUAAUAAUAGCACCCACAUCUGUAUGGUAGGGUGAUUCAAUCUCCCAACAGUUCGGGGGGGCAGUAAGGAAACUAGUCUCACACUGAGUGAACUCUGUUCAUUUCAGAAAGGGGUGGGAAGUGGUUUGAGAAAAUGAAAUGUUUGUAGUAACUGUGAUCAGCCACUGUGCCAAUCCUACUUAUCAUUAUUACUUUGCUAAAUAUAAAAAGAGGAUAUUGAAAUGCACAUGAAAUCCAUAAGAGUCCUUCAUUGGUUUCGGUUUCAAAUCUCACACAGCAUCCGAUAGGCUUGAUCUGAAUCAAACUCUACAUAAGUUGUAUGCUGCAAGUACAAGAUAAAUACUUAGGUCUCUGAGCCAGUCUCACUGUGUAUGGCAACAUCUGCACACACAGGCAACGGGGGUAACCGGGCUGAUUGUUUCGUCUGUUAUCAUAUUUGUUGUAAACUUGGUUUAAAAAAAUGUUAUGUCAUAGAAGUGCAUCCCAAUGUCAUAGGGCACAGAUCAGCACAUGGCUAAGCAUGCUUAACUGUCACUGGUGUCAAUGGGACAGAAAUAUGCUUAUGCUCGCAUUGAGUUGUUGACUUUCAUAUUUUCUGAAGUUCUCAUUUGUAUGUCUCCAGUCCGAAUCCCCUCGCAGUCCAUUGUGGCAUUUGCUGCUUAUCUGAGGCGUGUUUUUGGUACUUCAUUGGGUUGGAUUUAACCAACUGAGGAAUAGAGGAAUAUCUUCCGAAAUAACUUUUUUCCCUGCUCCAAGCUUCACAAAAUACCCAUCCUGCUGUUAUGGAAAUGCUACAGAUCAUUUUUCAAUCAGUCUGCUGAGAUAGAACUUGUGCAUAAUUAUUCCUGUCAUAUUUAAUUGUCCUGAAUUUUUAUUUAGGCUUGAAAACUAACUAUGCCCCAUAGUUAGUUUCAUAUCCUACGUCCUAUUUUGAAUGAUGCCCUUUGCUCAUAAUCCAACACAGAGUUAAACAAGCACUGAAAGCGAUGACUUGGAGCACUCUUAACCCUGUAUGAGACUGUAGCCAUGGCAGCUAUAGGAUGGUAUAGUUGUGUCAGAGAUAAUAAAAACUCCCUGAACUUUAACACUCAUUAUUAUCAUUGCAUCAUGUGCUACUUUGGGUCAAAUCCUUAGGCUCUGUAAUAAGUUUUAGGCAAAGUUGUGUCUUGGAAAAUGAAGACAUUGCAUAUUUCCAAAAGAUGUGAAAGUAGCAGAAGAAAAGAAAAGCAGACAAGCAACUCCUUGUUUUAUUAUAUCUAUCUUGAUUCUAAACAUAAUAAAGGAAGCUCCAUUGAAAUAAAUGGAAAUUACUUCCAAAUAAUGUCAGCGCAUUUGACUUUCUAACCCCCAAGCCAUAAGUGCGGGGGGGGGAGCAGUGUUGCUGAAUUGCAUAUUCCACUUAAUCUUUUGGGAACCAUGCUGCUUGGUCACUGUUUAUGUGCAAGUGUUUGUUUGUGUGUGAGAGAGGGAAUAAGAGAGGAAGAGAGAGGGGAAGUAUAAUUCCAUGUGUGCGCAGAACCACAUUUGGGAUAAUCUGCUCAAUUUACAAAUUGGCCUUCAAUAUGGCGCUUGAAAAUUUGCAUCCAACAUUUGCAGGUGGAUAAAACCCACAUCAGUUACCUUUUUGUUGCUCCCAGUUUCCAUUAAAAAAAAGUUUAGAUUCCAAAUGCAAAACGAGGCUGAGGCUGAAGGAGAAUGUCUCAUAAAAGGGCCCAGUUUAAGAAGCACAAGAGGUGGGGAGCGGAGGGGGAGGGGGAGGAGGAACCCUAAGCUUUAAUUUUAAUUCUUCUGCCUUUAUUUAUCUGAUUUGUAGCCAGAUGGUGGUGAAGCAAGGAACUCCUUUGUGUAAACGGAGCACACAUAUGAAAGUGCUUCUGUAAUGUAAUCAUUGAGACCGGAAGGCUUCAUACCGCGCCUGAAAAGAGACAAUGGAGACUGGAUAUAUCAACAUUGCAGAAAUCGAGUUCAUUUGUGAUUCAGUCCCUUUGACUAUGGUUGUCAUGAUAACUUCCUACUUUGAUCAGCAGAGGGUGGAGAGGGGGGGAGAAAGAUCUUCUAAAGGCCCAAGGAUGCAGCCCUGUUGUUUACUGUGCACUUGGCUUCAAUUCACGCCCCCUUCCGGAAGAAGCAACAGGGAUAGGCGCAUCUUGCACCUUGACCUGUCUAGACGGGAGAGAAGUUUUUUGUCCCGGUUUCCAGGGAUGAGGGCUGCUCUUUGACCUCUGCAGCACUAGCUGUUGAGACCCUCGCUAAGUAUGUAGGUAGCGUCUAAAUGUUUUCCCCCUCCGAAUUCUUGCUUAAUUCUGAAGGAAGAGGCAUGGGCGAAGACAUGGGCCAGCUGCUGGAAAAUAAAGCUCGUAACAGUAGAACCUGGGAGAAGCUAAAUUUUGUAAGCGGUUAUUUUCUUUCUGCAAACCCCUGGGAGGCAUUAAACAGCUGCAUCUGAGUUGACGAACAGCAAGUAAGACAGACCAACUGAAGGACUUGGGGGGGGGGGAGAGAGAGAGAUGGAGAGAGACUUUUUAGAAACUGCUCCCGUUAAAGAAGCAAAGCUGAUUCCAGCAAGAAAUCUUUCAAGGGUACGUCCAGAAAACGUGGGCCAUGGAAAGAUGCUUUUUCUCUUUUGAUUUGCUGAGUCUUAUACAUCUUCUUUUAAUAGCAAAAUGUGCUUGCAAAUCUAAAAGCUUAUAAUGGCACAUUAGUCUAUAAGGAAUGCUUUAUGAGAACUGUAGAUGUUUAAUUUUUUUUUGCAAGUGUCAUCGUAGAUUCAGCUGACAUUUUUAAUUACGUGUGUAAUAUAAUAUGGGUCAACAAUUAUGCAGAUAUGGAGAUCUGCUGACAUUGCUCUGUUUCCUUGACCUGUGUAAGAGCCCUGUGCUUGUAGCCUUUUGCCUUUGUGAUUUUUGGAAAUUUCAGUGUAUACAGAUAUAUAUAUAUAGAGAGAGAGAGAGAGAGAGAGAGAGAUGUAAUUUUCUCCUUCCCUUUAGGUUGCUUUUACAAAGUCAGAGACCUUCUUAACGGACGUUUUGGAAAAGAUAUGUGAUCGGAUGAACGACUAUCAACUUCAAGACGACCCAGUCACUAACAAAAAGAUAUUCAAGAGAUAUGCUCCUAGGAAAGAUGAGCCAAUCUACGCAGAAUAUAAAAAAUACUUUUUUUAUUCUGACGCUUAUAAGCCCUUGAAAUAUGCGGUAAGACAACAUAAUAAACUGGUGACAUUUCGGGCUGAAUUGCUAUUAGCAUAAUGUUUGAUAUUGUAUAUUAAAUCACUUCACUCAACGUAAAGCCAGGGCUUUGAUAAUGCUACGCUGUUUCUGUAGGCUCUUUAGUACUUUGUAAUUUAUAACAACAAAUGGUAUGGCAUGGUCUAGAGAUGCAAAAUCAUGACACACAGCACCUGUGUUGUAUAGAUAGAUGCUGUUGACUCCAUUUCUGUGUAAUUGGUUGUUUAAACUAGAAUAUUUUUUUAAAAAAUAUAUAUCAUCUGCUUUACUGGCAAUUAUUUUUCAGUGGUAUAGAUCAAUACUAUAUUGCAGCUCUGUUUUUUAAGAAGUAGGCAACUGUGAUGGUAGGGUAACAAUCCAAAUUAAUUAUAAUGUAAUUUCAAAUCUUUAUUUGCUAUUCAGAGAGGGAAAGGUCACGUCUCCGCCUCUCUUUUCCUUGGGCCUUGUCGACAAGGUCCACAUAUAUUCUGAGGGCCUAGAGUGUGUUGGAGCAAGAGGGAAGGUCCUAAGAUGGCCUAGCGCCUAGUUGUUCGCUUGUGAAAGAGCACAUAAUUUUUUCCUGUACCAGGCAUCAUUGUACAUUAGAGAAUGCUCACUCUUCUGCUUUGUUUUUAAAGUAUUUAAAGCAAAGUGGUGGCAGCGGCGGGAAGCAGGAACCACAGUCCAAAACUUAGCAUGUGGAAGUAAAACUCAUUGUUGUCAAAGGAAUUUGCUUAUAAGUACCAAUGUUUUUAGAUCUGGGGUGCAUGUGCAAUUGUAGUAGCUACACUAAUGUGAAUCCAGAAAUAUGAUUUGUGGUCCAGUUGAAUUGCUCUUUUUUCCUGUGACAAGUUGAAGCAAAUUAUUGGAUUUUAAGAUCCUGUGUUUAAAUUAAUGUGCUAAAACUUUACCCCCCUGUCCCCGUUAUGGCGUAUUCCGACUAUAACCUUUGGCGCUGGGUAAGAGUUGGCCAUCCUCCACAGUCGAUGUUUGGUCCUGAUGAAACCCAUUUGUUGUUGUUAUAAAAGUGCAUAUGAUGGGGUUCUUUCCGCUUUUGCCACAACCCGUUUUGGAGUUUUGGGGUAAGAGGCAUUUACACCUGUAAGUUUCAGACAAAAUGGCCGAGGAGAGCUUAACUGCCUACCACCCGAAGAGAUUUUUCAAGCACAGCGCCCUUGUCACUUUUGUACCAUUUUGCAAAACAUUAGCAUUCUGCUAAAAUGGAAAACCGUGUGCGCAAAUAUAUGUGUGUGCAUCUAUACAAACACACACAUGUACGCACCCAUGGCGAGAAUGCGGAUAUAAUCAUUUUUUAAAAAAUAUACAUUUAAUUUUAAACCAGUUGUAUCGCCAUUAAAGCAGCCUGCAUUAUGAGGAAACAAUUACAGUAAAAUAUAAUCCUUAACAAAAUAUCAUUAUGCAAAGCAUUAUUUUCUUUCUUUUUUCUUUUUUAAAUAAGCAUAUAUUGAAAUUCAAUAUAACUGUUAAUUAUAUGGGGGGGAAUAGGACAAUUGAUCAGGGUUCUGCACAAGCAAACAAUCCCAAACAGUCUUUGUGAGGCGGUUCUUCCUUUUUCUGCUCUGUGUAAAUGGUCUUGUUUAGUUCUUUGCUGGAGAGCUGCUCUUUUUCUCCCUUUCAGUGCGAAACUAUCAUAGAACAGUAUGAAGAUGAAAUAUACUCACUUAUCGCCCAGGAGGCAGACUUUCUGGCUGACAAGCUGUGCAUUGAAAAAUCAGGUACUGUGUCUGAUGUAACAUGUGCUGCUCUCUCUCAACAGCAACUCCCCACCCCACCUCCCCUCCCCUCCACCCAGUUGUAUUGCUCGGGUGCAGCAAAAGCACUUGGGGAGGGGGGAGAAUGUUCUGUAGAUGGAAGAGGCACUGACAUUGCACUGCCGUGAACUGGGGGCAGAAAGUGGGAUCCUCUAAAUAGACUGAAAAUCUGCUCAUAAAUUCUGUCAUGCCACCCAUUUUUAAAACGCCAAGCGCGUGUGCUACGAAUUUUCGUCAAGUAUUACAAGUGCCAGGUUUUUUCCGUAGACAUAUAUAUGUGUAUAUGUGUGUGCAUGCCUAUGUAAUAAAUAGACAAUCAGGUGUGGGUGUGGGUCUGUGGGUGUGUAGAUAAAUAGAACCACAUCUUGCAUCGCAACAUAUUCCUUACAUACAACGCUUGAGGUUGCCAUCGUGAGCCGGUUGAGGCCAAUGGCCCCAGAUUUUAAUGGUGCUGGGAUGCACCCAGAUUUUAUCUUUAGCAGUUGUUUCCUUUUGUGAUAUCCUGGGAGUGGGGAGCGGGCAGUGGAAUAGGAGCGAGAACAAAUAAACAUUGCAACGCUUCCAAAAGUAUUUUGGUAGGCCACGUGCCCUUAAGCAGUUUCAAGAUUGAUUCCUGCUCAAAUCACAUUUUGUGGACUUCCUUACCCCCACCCCACCCCCCAGAAAAGAAUUGGUACUUUUGCUUCAUCCUUUAAAUAGCAAAUGCGUGGUUCUGUAGUGUGAUCCAGAAGUUUCUAACUGAAAUAAUGCCCGGAUAAAUUAUUCAUGUUUGUCAUGCAUCUACCUUGCUUUUAGUUUUACAUAUUAAUAUUUAAGGCCAAGAAGGCCAUUCUGCUUAAUCCAUUUCGGUCAAAUUCUAAAUAGAUUUAGACCAGGCUUCAUGAACCUGGUGCCCUCCAGGACUCAUGGGUGUUGUAGUCCAAAACAUCUGGAGGGCAGCAGGUUGGGAAAGGUGACAUAGACCAUCGCCUUUGGAUAAAAACAUUUUAGGAAUAAAGAGUGAGUGAAAGAGUAUGGGUGGAAAUGUACAUCUAACAAUCACUACUAUAAUAUUUAAUAGGCUUUUAAGGUUCAAAAUAACUAUUAUUAAUUUCCAAACUAAGGGAUAUUAAAAGUUAAACUUUGGUGGAACUUAGGAAGUGUCCAUAGAAGUUUAUUUUCUGUUUUUAAGUAUAAUAUGUAGGAGGACUGGAAAAGUGUAACUGUUAAAAAGCCUCCAUUGCGACACCCACAGAUAAAUCAUUUAAAAACAAAGUAUUCCAAGAUGUUUCUUUUGAUCAGGGCAUCAUCUAUAUUGCUUUUCUUAAAAUAUUAGAAAAGGCAAAGAUUGAAGGUUGUUUUCAGAACUCUGCAUGCACUUCCCAUAGUCUGUUAUUUCCCCAGCCCCAAACUAUAUGGAGGCGAAGAGAAAAGGGCAUUGAAGAGUAAGGAAAAACUGGGUGAACGAUCUGAGCAGAUUUUCUCUGACUCACUGAUCUAACUCUCAAACUUGCCCGUAGUUUUAGGGUGAAGUAAUUUGCCAUCACACUGAAGCCAAAAGCAUGUUGAAAGUUGUGUGUAAUGAAUUCUGUUUCCUGGGACAACUGGCAAAGUAAGCUUUUGCUUACGAAAACCCACACCAAAGUAGGUUAGUAAACCUGCAGCCUGUGCACAAUUACACAGGUGUCAGUCCUAUUGAACAUAGUAAGAUUUACUUCCAAGAAAACUUGCACCAGGUUAGGCAUUGGGUUAGUUAGUCUUUCGUCUUCUUUCUUGUCUCUCCUGGCUGAUUUCAUAAAUCACAGCCUCCUUGGUCAGUUAUAUGUAUAUGCAUAUGUAUAUGUAUACACACUUUUAUUUCAUUUUAAUAAAAGUGUAUAAAGUUACCCUCGGCAUUCUGAUUUCCUUAAAAGAACCCCCGGGAAACUGACUUGCCUCAUGAGAACUUGGGUUUGCUAUCAUCACACUCAACGGGACUCAUUUCCACAUAAUCCUGUUUAGAAUUGUGGCUUUAGAUUGCGAUUCAAAGCAGGCUUACUUGGAAGCAAUUUCUUCUGAAAUCAAUGGGUCUUCAAAGAAGGCACAUUUGGGACUGUGACAAAAUACAACCAACGCCAGAAGGGAAAGGGGCAGGCCUUCACAUCGGCUGGAGGGAUUCAAACAUUUGGGUCUCACGGAACUAAAUAACUAUCAGAGGUGUUUUCUUAAAUAAAUAUAUAAGAACAGCAGCGGUAGUUUUGCUGUUUUUGCCUGGACGUGGCUGGAGAGGAAACAAGAAAAUAGAGUGCAAGAAUAGAGCAGUCCUUGUGCCUGACCUUGUAAAAUCUCACAGGACUACAAACAUGGCAGACAUGCUAAAGAGAAACUCCACAAAAUGCAAGGGAGAAAGGAAAGCAGCCAGCCACACUAUCUGACUCCCGUUUCCAUAUGGGGAAGGAGAAAAAGAAGUUUGACAUUAAAGAGAGCAUCCAAACACAUUUCUAGAGAAAAACGUUUAGUUUUAAAGAAAGAAAGAAAAUAAGAGAAGCCAUGGCAUUCAGCUUUCAGAUUAAUUCAGAUCUACAACACUAUCAAUGGAGGGAGAUAAAACUGCUUAGCUUUAGGGAAGCCAGAAGCAUCUCAACUUAGCUUCUGGUAGGGAGGGAGUCUGAUUCCAAAUUGGCAGGAGAAUCACAUCUGGCAAUCAGAGAAGUAUAAAAGUAAAGUUCUCCAGGAAUCACCGUGCAGAGGCACCACAUAGACCGGGCUAAGUGGCAAAAUUUGGGGAAAUCCUUGUUUAUGCUUUCCCCCAGCUCUAUUAUCACAUUACAACUUUGUUAUAAAUUUGUUUUGAUGUUGGCAGCCAUUCCCAUCUGCUUGCAGCUUGUGUAGGGGUAUAUACUCAAGAAACUGUUUUCAGUGUGUGCAGAGCUUUGUGAAAGAUGAGCGCUUUCAGUCAACCAAAUGGCCCACAAAAAGAAUUUGCCCAUGGCAGUUCGUGGGGCUGUAAAUUUCACUGGAAAAUACAAAAUACAGAAAGACAGUGCAGAAAUAUUUUGAAGUGUUGCACAAAGCAAAAUUCAGAGAAUAUGAUGUUAUUUUGAGGGGCUCAUAGGAACAAUAGCUUGUGCUAUUACUGUGUUAUCUUUUACGUUGUAUGAAUGGAAUAUAUUCAGGGUCCUCAGUCUUGUUGCAAGGGGUGAAGAGGGAAAUUGCACAGACUCCCUAAGAAUUUGUCCAGCUGAUGCUACCAAUAUGUCAGAUUCAAGAAACAUUUGCUGUAAAGAUAUACUGGCAUUUCUUUGCAUGUUUACAUGACAUUUGUGUUCCUUGUUGACUAAAGAGCAAAAAAACCACACACUUUUAAUGAUGUGUGUUAAAAUGAUGAAACUGUUUGAUAUAGACAACCGUGGAUCAGUUAUCUGUCAAAAGUUUUCUUUGAUCUCACUCAAAAUCUCUAUACUACACUUUUCACAGACAGGGAAUUAAAAAGAAUGAAACACACAAUGUGUGUUCUUUUUCCUCUUUUGGUCUGCCUUUACUUUCUGCUUAAGCAACUGGGAGCUGUUUCUCAGAUUAAUACUUUUUUUUCCUUUUUUCGUAAGCUGGAAGCUGAGAUUUGCCACGGGACCAAUGAUCUUAUAGGACCUUAUGAUCUUAUCUUGCAAUGAGUAGUUGUCCCUUUAUGUAUCACAGUCUAGAAGAUUUUGGGAAGGCGGUGGAUGGAAGGGCAUGGAUUUACGUAAACGACAACCUUUGUCAUAUCCUUGCUUUCCUGUUUACCCCUUUACAGGGAGCCAAGCUAAUUACACUGUUUAUUGCAAUUCAAAUUAGGAGACUGGCCAGGGAUAUUCUCUAGGUUAAGGUAUGGACUUUCAUCAGUAGAUUUACCACGGCAAUAUAAUACACUACUCUAGAUUUCAAUUGCCCCCCAAAGUUAUCAUUAAGGUAACAUAGAGACUUCCGUUGUAAUAAUCGCCUUCACAUGCUCAUAGCUCUGCAAAAUUAUUCUCUUUGGCUGGAGUUUUCCAUUCUCAUCCCAAAGGUGAAUAUAUUUAUGUAUGUAGAAAGCUUGAGCAGAAACCAUUCAUGCAUUUUUGAAUUGCACAAGGGUAGAAAAAUACAUCCAUUCUGCUACGAAAGCUGGAUGUUUCCACUCCCCCUCUCUCUACCUCAUUCCAACAUGUCUAUUAUUCCUCUAACAGCAGAGCUUUGAAAGUUGAUGCUUUCCAGGUGACUAGUCCUCACUGAGAGUUGCUCUUCAGGAUGAUUUGCCAAGUCCAAAGCAGUACAACAGAGUUCUAAAUAAUACAGCUCUGUUUUUGUACCUGAAUUAUGUUAGCGUUUCCACUGCACUGUAAUAUUCUCUGGGACUGGAAAAUAAAGAAGAUGUAGUCACUUCAUGGGUGUAAUUUUUUAAUGAAACUUUACGGAGUUUCAUAAUUAUCUCCCCUCACCUUUCGGAAAACAGUUUGGAAAUGGCCAGGAAAUAAAUACAGUGUUUAAUUAUAGUCCUGUUGUAUGGUGGGGUUCUGCAAACUCAAGCUUUGCAGGAACAAACAUUACGGUCCUACUUGAAAGACCUUAGUAGAGCAACAAAUCCAUUGUAAUUGGUUUCAUUUCUUUUCUUUUGAACUGGUAACCAUUCACUUAUUGUGUGACACUGAAAUUUCUAUUUUGAGUUCUUACAGGGGAAAUUUGCUUGCUUCAGUAAACCAAACUUACCCACUGUAGUUCGCUGGAGGACCUGUUGCCAAGUAACCUAGGCCCAGUUUUCUUGUCAAAUAAUAGGCUUAGAACUCCAUCUUAACUAUAUUUACUCAGAAGUAAAGGCCCAAAUUACAAUAGGACAUAUUCCAAAUAAUUAGGUUCACAGUGCAACUCUAUACAUGCCUACUAAGAAGCAAGCCCCGUUGAGUUCAAUGGGACCGAUACCCAGAAUCUCUCAAUUCUGGUUUUGCUUUCCUUUUUCCAGUCUUACGUUCAGAUCUUUAUAUUUCCAUAUCAGUUUGCAAUUUUUAAAAAAGUUCUCAUGAAAAUUCAUCAGUGAAUUUCUCCUAAUAUGCACAUUGUGCAAAGGACUUUGCCCUAAUAUAAUGCACGUUUAUACAUUAUUUUCACUGUAUGCAUUUUUAUGCACACUUUGCCCUGGUAUAUGCAUUUUUGUACACAUGACUUAGCUGGACAGUUGCAUCUCAAAAUUCAGAGAAGUGCAAAUUUCGAAGAAUGGCUAUGUUUUGAUUAUUGUAUUAUUGUUAUUUUUUUGAACCUGAGAUUUAGGCAGGUUCACCUUUAAAUGUGAACCAAAAAGAAUCUCUUUCCCUAUCCCAGGUAAGUGUGUCUAGGAUUGCAGCCAUAAUUUUUCGAUAACUUUGAUACGUCCACAUCUAGAAAACUCUUCAUUUUCUAAGCUUGGAGUAUCUUCUUGAUAUGUAUUUCAAGGCAAUUAUUUUCCUUGAAGAAGUUUGUGCAGUGGGAAAACGCAGAGUGGGACAAUGCUGUAGAGUUUAUAACGGCGUGAGGGAAAUCCACCUCAAAUAAGGAUUGCAUCAUCAAAUUAAGAUAGUUUUUUGAUACAUCCCUUCACCUGCUGUUUGCUCAAAGCUCAAAACUUCCAGAGAGCUACACACCUUUAGAAGUAGUUUAUUUAUUAAUAUACCCAUAACAAAAGUAAAAAGGUUGUGAAGAUUUGCCAACAUGAAUCAAUCAAUAUAGAAACCGGGUUGCUCUGUUUUAUGGCGCCAUGCCAAGUCAGGCAAAAAGAUCAGUCUGCUAUCAAAGUAACAUUGACAGAUUUCUAUGAUACCUAUAACCUGCCAUUGUUCUUUGAUCAAAAUGUAUGUCAAGAUUUAGCAUAUUCUACAUAGUUGUAACCCUGGCGAGCAAUUUAUUGCAUAGUCGUGGCCAAGAGAUUAUGCAGCAUGAAAAAAAAUGAGAAAGUUCUGUAAUUGUAAGAGAAUCGAAUUGUUGAAUACUUUAAUGACAUGGAACAUUGUCCUUUCUCGUUCAGGUCUUUGUCCAAACCCCGAGGUGCAUGGUGAGCUGUAG